AUGAAGCUCCAGGAAUUGGAGAAAGAAGAUGAUAGCCCAUCGGAAGGAGAAUUUUUCAAAAGCGUAACCACUUGCAUUACAGCCACGGUAGCCACCUCACACAAAGCUGUCAUGUCACUUUUAGGGAUCUUUGACAAAUAUGCAAACACCCCUGAAGGUGACAAAUCUGCUUCCAGUGGUGAUGGUAAGUCUCAGUGUUCCUUUGUGUAUGUAAGAGACUCCCUCUAGUGGCUUCUUUGGUAAUAAGUUCUUUCUUUGCGUUUAAAACAACAAAUACAUUGUUAUUUUUUUAAACACUAUGUAAACUCUAAAACCACCCACUUUAAAAGUAUUUGUAUCUCUAUAUUUUUUCACAUCAGCUAUUUAUUUAUUUAUUUUUUUGACUUAGUUUUUCAUUUCGGAUUUUAAUUCUUUAUAAUUUGCCGUUUGGCAAAUGACAGGUGUCACUAGCUCCUGCAAUCCUAGGCUCAAUCAUUAGCUGUCAGGGGGCUAGAAAGGCACAGACAGGGGGGCUGUGAGGCAGGUUGGAUCAGCUCUUUCUAAAUCUAUAUAUAUAUUAUCCCUGCCCAACCUGUAGGAGGGGAUGGAGGAUUCUCAUGAGAUCCCAGCCCAUGUGCCUGGCUGACAUGAUACCGGCACAUCCCAUCCCCAUUCCUGCUGCAGCUGUCCAUGUCACUGACACUGCCCAGGGCACACACAGGAUUCCAUGCAUGGAACUCCAUCACCAGGGCUCACAGCACAUAAAAAGAAACAAUAUUUCCUUCACAGGAACUGGUCAUUGCCACCACUAGCUCCUCCCUCUGUUAGUACUACCGGGCAACAUGGCUGCUGCUUCUUCCUCUGCAGCUCAGGAUGAACUCAGUAAGUAAGCAGGGAUACAGAGCUGGCAAGGGGCAGUGCUGGGGCCUUGUCAGCGGGAGAGCAUGGUGUGAUGGAGAAAUGGGCAGAUAUCAGGGCAUUGGGGGCAUUGCUGCUUUCCUACAGAUGGGGGCAGUGGGCAGUGCCUGCUGCAAGCUUUAGUAUGGCAAUGUCUGUGUGUGGCAUGGGAGGAGUGGGCUCCCCACCAGCUUGGGCUCAUAGCCUCUCACUUGUGGUUUUAUAAUUCACUGCUUUACUUGGAGAGAUGGAGGGCAGUCUAAAAGGGGCCUGCUUUCCCCUGUACCUAUCCCCCAGGCCCUGUGUGUAAUUACAUGCAGCACUUGCACAGUCAUGGGCUGGAAGUGAAAGCACAAUGAGCAGCAAGUUUAGUGUUUCAGACCUGUAUAUUAACUGAGACUGGCUGUGAUCAUCAUCUCCUUAUAAGUCUGCAUUGAUUUCAUUGUUGUUGGAUGUCAUAUUAAGGUAGAAAUGAACACUAGGAGUUUUUUUUUUAUUUUAAUUUUAUUUUUUUUCAUUGUGUUUAGUCUUGUUUACACUGAUUUGCCUGGUGUUAUGUGUGUUCAGAUAAAACCUGAAUUUGACGAGUUUUUGUUGAAAUAGAUAUAUUCUUCUAUUUUGGCUUAAAUUCUCAGGAUUAUUCACUGCAGUUUGAUUGACUGGAAAAUGUUAUUCCAGAAAAGAAGUCAGAUAUGGCCAAUUCAACUAUAGUAGCCUAAAAUUUAAAAUGAAGUAUAAACUUGUUCUCAACCCUGUCAUAAAGGCAUGCCAGUAGUGUGUUUUUUUGUUUGUUUGUUUGUUUUUAAUUUAACUUUUACAUAUCUGCUGUUUGCUAUCUAAAUUGUGCUAUUCCCCUGUCAGUGUAAAGUAAAGUCAAUACAGCAAAGUGAUACAUUAGUGUGCAUCACAAAUCCAGGAAAAGUUAUACUGUAUAGCGUUCACAUGUACUUAUUGGUGCACAUGGGAAGAAUGAGAAAGGAUAUUAAGUUCUAAAGAUGGAACAAUCACGUGGGAUGUUUUAUUUGGAACUCUGUCACAGAACUAUGCUUUAUAAAAAUUACUAUAUUUAUAACAUACGAAAUUCACCAGUCUCCUUCAAUCAAGUUUUUAAAGUCUGCUGGGUUUUUAUAAAUACACCUGACGUAAGUAAAAAUAAUGUGAUUUUAAAGGGAAUCUGUAGUGUUCGGAAUACACAGUUGUAUGCCUAAUACUAUAGUGUCCUCCUUUGCAGCACCCUCCUCACGGGGCAUAUAAAUGGAUAUAAAACCCAUUAUUCAAAUAUUAUUCCAGCUCCAAGGUCCCUUGUCACUGGGUUGCAGUCUGCCUCCUUUAACAUCAUCUGACGGGGGGACCUAAUGCGCAUGCAUGGUGAGUGCAUUAGGCCUUCCCCAUAGGAAAGCAUUGAAUCAAGAUUUUUACUGAUGCUGGAUGUCCUCAUGCCCAGCGUGAGGACAUCCAGUGUUGUUCAACGGUGUCAAACUCUGUUAGAAUACAGAAAACGUCUAUUGGUUCGUUAAUCCUGCAACUUUUUACAUUGCAGGACUAAGGGACCAGGGACACUGACUGCACCCAGACCCCUUCAAUGAUCUAUAGUGGUCUGGGUGACUGUAUUGUCCCUUUAAUUACAAUAUAUAUGGAAAAUACAUUGCAUAGGCCUGCCACAAUACCAAUGUAUCACAUUAAAGGACCACUCUAGGCACCCAGACCACUUCAGCUUAAUGAAGUGGUCUGGGUGCCAGGUCCUUCCAAGGUUAACCCAUUUCUCAAUAAACAUAACAGUUUCAGAGAAACUGCUAUAUUUAUUAAUGGGUUAAGCCUUCCCCCUAAUCCUCUAGUGGCUGUCUCAUUGACAGCCACUAGAGGCACUUGCGUGCUUCUCACUGUGAUUUUCAUAGUGAGCGCACGCAAGCGUCCAUAGGAAAGCAUUCACAAUGUGACCGGCUGAAUGCGCGCGUAGCUCUUGCCGCGCGUUCGCAUUCAGCCAACGGGGAGGAUCAGAGGAGGAGAGCUCCCCGCCCAGCGCUGGAAAAAGGUAAGUUUAACCCCUUUCCAGAGCCGGGUGGGGGCACCCUCAGGGCACUAUAGUGCCAGGAAAACGAGUAUGUGUUUUCCUGGCACUAUAGUGGUCCUUUAACUAACUUUUUUGUGGCAGAGAACACAAACAGGUGUAGGUGACAGAAAAGCAGGGCUUGAAAUGUAAGUCCUACGCUAUUGAUACCCUAAAAGUUACUAGCCACUGCAAGCCUGGAGGGUCCACGGCACACUUACCAGGAGUGGAUUUCUGCUUGCCAGGCCUAUAUUUUCCCUCCUCUUUAGAAGAAGAUAAGCUAUGGUGGAGCAGAAGAGGACAACGCACGUAGUAUGCCUUGGUUAAAGGAACAAUGCAAGCACGAUAACCAUUACAACUCCAUGUAAUGCUUCUGGUCAACUAGGAGUACAAAACUGUAUUUCUAAUUAUUUAGGGUCCCUCUGCCUCCGCACGCCCCAAACCCCUGGAGUUCAAAAGGUUUAUUAAACCCUUUCAACACUUAACUUACUUCCAGCGCAGAGGUCCCUAUGCACUGGAUCCAUCUCCUCCUCCAGAGAUGUCACGUUGAUGGAAGACCUUACGUUCCCAAUGCGGUGAACCUAGGUUACUUUUUAUAUGUAAACCACCUAUGACCCUGUUGGAUGCACCAGAAGCAUGUCAGAGCCCACCUGUGUCACAGAUGACAGUUGCAUUGAUAUUCACAUAUAUCACUAUCUUCAUUCUGGAUUCUAACUGGUUUGUAUUUCCAUUGAUCAGAAUGGGAGAGUGCCUGACUUUUCUUUUUUUUUUUUUUUCUCAGGAAACAUGAAGUGAAUUGCCUGUUAUUUUCUGCCUCUCUCUACCCUUUAAAACAACACCUGUAUCACUUCUAUUUUAGUAAUUUGAAUGACUUCCCAGUGAGGAUAGUGUGAUAUUGUACCCUUUUUUUUUUUUUUUUUUUAAAUCCAGUAAGUGACAGGUCCAGGCAUUCUACUGCUCAUUUUAAUAAGUGAAUAUAAAAUAGAAUAAAGGCGUAGGAGCUCACUAUAAACAGGCAGCAGUAAAUAUACAAGGGUUCCCAAACCUUGCAUAAGAGACAGAAAUGUGGCAAAACAGGUGAUUAAACGCGCCAAACAGAACUGAAAAAAAUCACACAGGUAUACUCAAUCUUAAAGGACCACUAUAGUGCUCUGUGGGUGCCCCUACCCUCAGGGUCCCUCUACUCUUCCUCUCCGCCUCCGAUCCUUCUCUUCGGCUGAAUGCGCAUGCGAGGCAGGAGCUGCGUGCGCAUUCAGCCGAUCUCAUAGGAAAGCAUUUACAAUGCUUUCCUAUGGACGCUUGCGUGUUCUCACUGUGAUUUUCACAGUGAGAAUCACGCAAGCGCCUCUAGCGGAAAACCUCAAAAAAAAAAAAAAAAUAGUGUAAUAUGUUUUAAUGGUUUUACAGACCGUUAAGUAUAUAGGCGUCUCACUCACACUUUUAUGAGCUACUGAGAGCUCUGCUGUUUAGCUCUUUGACGGUACAAUCCCUGUCCUGGGAUAUAUGUAGAUCCACAAUUUUAUGUGUCCAGUGCUACUCCAGCAUAUAAAAUAAAGCAGAGAGGGUCUAACAUAUUUAACAUAUUGCAUUAUUAGACCCUCUCUGCUUUAUUUUAUAUGCUGGAGUAGUACUGGACACAUAAAAUUGUGGAUCUACAUAUAUCCCAAGAUGGGGAUUGUACCGUCAAAAAAUCAUUGAAAACGAAUUUCUUCAAGAAAGCAUAUCAAUUAAAAAUAACCUACUAAGCCCUAAGUGAAUACUUUUCUAACAACUUAUUUCGUACUCCUACUUUAAUUCCUAUGUGUCACUAUACUCCACUCCCUAAGCUCAUUGAGCAGGGCCCUCUACCCCCUCUGUUCCUGUACGUCCAGUUGUCUGGUUACUAUUAAAUGUCUGUUAGUCCACCCAUUGUACAGCGCUACGGAAUCUGGUGGCGCUAUGUAAAUAAUAAUAAUACAGCACCCCCUCACCCGUUGUUAGUCUUAAAGGGACACUGUAGUCACUAUAACCACUUUGUCUCUUUGAAUUGGUUAUAGUGCCUGGAGUACCCUGGCACUGUCCCUCCAUUCAGUGUUGCACCAUGUUUGUGCAGUAUGCCACAAAAUAAGAGUCCCUGGCCACCCACAGUCCGGCCCCUUCUGUAUGUGUAGCUAAGGCAGAGAUUACACACUUCCUUGUUGUCAUACCCAUUCAUACCGUCAGUUGGAGCUCUGACACGUUAAAAGCAGUCAGCUGACACUCUCAGCCAAUCACAGCUGCCCAUUGCCUCUCAGGGUAAUACUUCCUUAUUAGCCAAAGCAGCACAGAGAGAAUAGACUGCCGUGGACUCUUGCUUAGCAUUAAAACAUUACAACAUUAAAAACUGUUUAAUGCUGAAAGAAAUGAUGGUACCAGGGGACUCCAUACACUAUAACCAGCUUAAUGAGAUGAAGCAGAUACAGUGCCUACGGUGUCCCUUUAACCAUUUCUGGUCCUUUGGGUUCCUAAGAUGGAGCUUAGCAGCUGAAGUAGUUCUGAAGCUUGGAGUGUUCUUUUAAGAGGUCCAUGGCUACUGUGGUUGAGGACCGGAUAGAUCGGAAGUUAAAGAUUCUAAGCGUACAUUUUUAAAGCGCAUUAGAAACAGUGUAUCACUGGAAAGCUAAUAUGAUAUGCUCUUGGUUGAUGCAAUGCAGCUGUAGCUAAAUAUUAUUUGUGUAGGAUACUCUUGAAAUGUCCCUUCUGCUUCCUUCCUCUGCCUCUUUUGAAACUGCACAGGCUCUGGGAUAAAAUUAGCAGCUCUUGGGCAGUAGAUCAGUGACACUGCUGGUAGACCUGCCAAUUGUAAUUCAUAGUGUCUGUUAGGAUGGUAAUUCAAUUCAUAAAAGAGAAAUAUAGAUAUACCAAUACAUUUUUUUUUUUUAAAUUUUUUUUUCCUUUGUUCAAUUACUUUCACAUAUUCAUCUGUAGGUCAAACCAGUGACACAUCCAUGAGUAUUGCUUUUUUAUUUCCUUGUCUUCUUAACCCCCUUAAAGUCAAUGAUAUUUAAUGCCAUACCUCCUUUACCAUUUUGUAUUUGUCUGUGUUUAUUAUAGGUUCUCCCUUAAUCGUACAGUGCUGCAGAAUAUGUUCGCGCUUUAUAAAUGCCAGUAAUAAAUACAUUUGCAACUUUUAAUAACCCUACCACUAUUAAAGGGGCACUAUAGUGUUUUUUUUUUUUUUGUAACCCUUUGUUUGCCACUGGGGGACUGUGAGGUGGGCAGAGGGAACUGUUUUGUAUUCCUAACACGAUAGUUUUCUUUUAAGUGAGUAAGGAACACUCCAAUUACCAUAACUCUUACUCUGCGCUCUAGGGGUUAGGGUGCUAGGAUUGCUCUGGUGCCCCCACAUAAUAAGUAGUCAAACCUUUGGUCCUCCGGACUCUGCUCCUCACUUCCUCCAGCAAAAAGGUGAGAACUGAAAACUACUGCUAGGAGUUUCCAUUAGCUGUUCUGCAUUGCAAUGCAGGUCCAGCUCAUUGGUUGAGACUAUCAGUUGAUCUUUAUCAGCCAAUGAGUUAAGCUCUGCAACACCGGACUUGGCUAAGAGCUCACAGUGGAUGCAGGGAGCAUUGUGAGGUUAGAAGCCAAACUAGUUUAAAACAUUUCCUGUACUUGCAUUGGGGAGACACCAGGGCACUCCUGACACCAUGACUGCCACAGUGACUUGUAGUGGUUAUGGUGCUUUGGGUGUUCCUUUAAAGGAUAUUUAAAAACUGGUUUGUUAUGAUGGAAUUACUCCGCCAUUGGUCAUAAAAGAUCUAAUUGGCUGAGUAACAUAGCAGAGAAUCUGCCUACUGAGUCAUAACGUAAGGACAUGUUUAGGACAUUUCACAGGUUGGUUUAUGUCUGAUUUCUAAAGGGGUUAUUUACUAAAGUGAGAAUGGUGGGGAAUUCUAAGUGAAUUGAAAGCGAAGGCCAGUGUAGCUGGAAUGCUUCCAGUUAGCCCACUAUCGCCUUAAAUUUAGAACUAACUCUGAAUUCAUUACAGUUACACCCUGUAAGUGUUUGAAUCACAUCUUUCGGUUUAACAGACCAGGCAUAGGCAACCUUUUGGCACUCCAGAUGUUUUAGACUACAUCUCCCAUGAUGCUUUGCCAGCAUUAUGGGUGUAAAAGCAUUAUGGGAGAUGUAGUCCACAACAUCUGAAAUGCCAAAGGUUGCCUACGACUAUAAUAGACCUUGGGACAUACUCCAUGCCAGAGUUGACUCGUUUCUUUUCGAUCAUGCAUUCUAGAGAUGACCCUAUCUAUUCAGGCAUUCCAAAUCAUGGACAAUUAACAUCAUACAUAAUUUUAUUUUUAAUAAAGAAAUAAUCGCAAAAAUGUUUAAAAUAUUGCAAUUUCUUUUUUUCACAGAUCAGCUUGAACGUGUGUUUUUACGUCUUGGCCAUGCAGAAACAGAUGAGCAACUUCAGAGUAUCAUUUCUAAAUUCCUUCCUCCUGUUCUCCUCAAGCUGUCUAGCGCACAGGAGGGAGUACGGAAAAAGGUAUGUCCACAGCUCUGUUGUAAAACAAAUAAUGUGUAGAUACCAACUUAUUCUUCCAGAUUUGUUCACUAAAUUCUAGUACAGCACAUUCAGGUUAUCUCCUAAUAUUACUUUUUUUUUUUUUUUUUUUUAUUAGAUUUUAUGUAUACUUUUGCUUGUCUUCACAGGUCAUGGAGUUACUUGUCCACUUGAACAAAAGAAUCAAGAGUCGUCCUAAGAUCCAGCUCCCUGUGGAAACCCUUCUAGUUCAGUAUCAAGAUCCUGCGGCUGUUUCUUUUGUGACUGUAAGUUAAUUCUGUUAAAUUGAGCUGCUUCAGAACUGUCUGUAAAUUGUGACCUAAAAAAUUGUAAUCCAAUAAAGCAUCGUCCAUGAGAGGUAUGUCAAAGUUUAUACUCCCUUAUUCGGUCGUAUAGUUGGUUUUCGGUGAGAUAAAUCCAUGAAUCUUUGAGAUGAGAUUAGAUUUGAAAUGACCACUGUUGAUUUUGUUUCACGACCGUUUUUUGCUGUGAUGUGUGUCAGUCAUUGAUAUAACCACUAUUGUAGAUUUUAUCUGCACUUGCCUAAAAUGCUUUGGUGGUGCAUAUCACUAUUUGAGAAGAGUAUUUCACUGUGCUGUGGCUGAAUCUUGUGGAGUAAACCCAUUAGAGGUCACCAAUACAUGCUUUAUUCUUAUGGUGUAGAGAUGACUUGUACUUAAUGUAACUAAACUAAAUCUAUUGGCAUUUUCAGUGCUGGUUGAUAGCCGGACUUAUUUAAUAGAAUUUAUCAUAAGGUGGAAUAUACCAUUACAUCUGGUUUUGUGGAUUGAAGCAUUAGCUUUGAAUGGCGGUUUCCUCACUCUACAGGUUGAAAAGAAGCAGUUUAAUAUGAUUUUUUUUUUUUCUUUUCUUUUCUUUUUAUUGUAUUUACCUGCUUCUUUCUUAUGUUCUCCACACCCACUUCAGGAAGGAUACUGAUAUAACCAAUCGGUGUCCUAUCCCUGGGAAUGCUGGUGCAUUGGGCAUACCGGACAGAUUUACAGAUCUUGUCACCUUGCAACAUCUUGACAGGGGGAGAAGUGAGGAAUUCUGGAUCAUUUAGAGCAGGCUCCAGUGCCUGGGUUCUCUCUCUGGCCUGCACAAUGAUGCCCUGUUUCUGUCAUUAGUGGACUGGACUGGCCUGAAACUUUUUAUUUUUUUAUUUUUUUUAUUUUUGUUCUUUUGUUUAAAAGUGUUUGCUUGGUGGUUUUAAAAAUAAAUGCGUAUAUUUAUAGAUUCAUGUCCCUUUAAACGGUUUCUUCGUUUUAUGUACUGAAUAAAUACAUUGUGGGAAAAAAACUCUUAACAUUUUUUGUUUGUUUUUUUUUGUUUGUUUUUUUAGAAUUGAAUUACUGAUUUAGUUAUUUCUGUUAUUACUUUUAUGUUUCAACAAUCAUUUUGUUUUCCUACAGAAUUUUACAAUAAUUUAUAUAAAAAUGGGAUUCCCUCGGCUGCCAAUUGAAAAGCAAUGUGAGCUGGCACCAAGUCUCCUGACAGCAAUGGAAGGAAGACCCCAACCACAACAAGACAGGUGUGAUGGCAUUGUAUGUCUCUCAUGGUUAGGCUGGGUCCAUGUACUACAUUGGACUCUGUGAAUCUGUAAUCUUUGAGGUUUUUUUUAAGAAUUGACAGUUGAAAUGCGAAGAGGACAGUUUACUAAGUGAUCAUUAAUUGGACAGUAAAGGAAAAGAAGAUGACUGAUUUCAGCGAGUUCAUUAGGAAAUUAAUAUAUAGAGGCUUAAACUCAAAUCUAAUCUCUCUAGCAUCAUGGUUCAACUAUGUAAAGCUUUGCAUUGUAAUAUGAAUACUGAAGCAGCUCAAAUCUGUCUUUACGUGUAAUCACCUGUUAAGUAAUAUAUUUCUCUUUUGGUUUCAGCCUAAUGCACUUGCUGAUACCUGCCCUUUACCACAUGAAAUAUCACAAUGAAUCGUCCAAAUCCUCCUCUCUUUUUAAUCUCGCCGAGAAACCAAAGAUUGUGCAUCAUCUUUUGGAUUUUAUGUUGGAUGUCCUUCUGAUGCCUUACGGGUAAGGAACAGAAAAUGUCUCUUCUAGACUCCUUUAAAACUCUCUUGGUUUAUUCAUAAACCCCCAAGUUCUAAGACAUUCCAAUCCAAAUUGCAAAACUUGGGCAAAAAGUGUUCAGUUGGAAAAGUUCUCCAACUCUACUUUAGUCAUGCCUUGGCCACUAUAAAUUUGCUGUUUAGUUUAAAUCUCCUUAAACUAAACCGCACCAUUGCAAUUUUGGAUGUUUGCAAAUCACUGCAGUGUUCAGCCAUUCUCAAAGUAGGAGUUUAUGGGAUAGAACUUUCUUCCUCAUGAGUAAAGGGACCAUCAAGCUUAUUAAAGCAUUAAGCAUUCAUUGUCAUUUUUACCGAAUAGUUUAUCUUUAAGUAGAACUGUAAAGCAUAUCUCUUUAAAUGUAUUUAAAAACUAUUUAUGUUCUAGUGAGACCACUGAGUUAAUUUGAAAGUAUGAGUGGGGGCUCCUUUCAACCAUGUCGAUGCUCAAGAUGGAAGAUGUCCUAUUAGGCUAUGGAUCUCACAUAUAAAACAGGAGAACUAUUUUUAUUUUUAUUUUUUUAUGGGUUCUGCUCAAGUACUGUCCUUCUGGUGACAUUAAAGUGGCUCUUACACAUUUUGAGCUUUUCAUAAUCUACAUGAGAUCAGUUUACAGCAACUUUUUUCUUAUGUAAUUGCUAAUCUUUGGCAAAAGGCAGACUUUCCACCGCUAAUUCCUAUUUGCUGUUGAUCAUGUUCAUGACGUAUGCUCAAUAGAUGCUUAUAGUACCCACGCAAGAGAAUGUAUGGAAUAUCUUGUGGGAUCAUCUAUAGACCUAAUUUUGUACUCGCAUGAGUACAAUAGUUAGGACUAUUCCUGUCUGAGAAAAUCGGCAAUAGCAGACUGUGCAUGGCAGUGCCAAGUAGGGACAAUAUAAAGUAGUUAAUCUCUUUAUCUGCACCCACAGCCUCCAUCUUGCUAGUGAACAUGCCACGUUAUGGAGAAAAAAAAAUGCAAAAACAUAAACUCUUGCUUUAAUUAUACACUAUCAGUCAAGUGAGAAUUUUUGAAAAUUCAAAGUAGCCAAGCUUGGAAAAUAUCUCUGUAGGCUAUUUGGGAGUUAAAUUAAGUUCCCAGUAAAUACUUUUCUAGCAGCCUAUUUUAUUACCCAUACUUAUACCCUUUGUGUCACUAUACCCCACUCCCUCUAGCAUGUAAAGCUCAUUGAGCAGCGCCCCCUCUGUUCCUGUGUGUCCAUUUGUCUGGUUACAAUUACAUGUCUGUUAGUCCACCCAGGGUACAGCGUUACGGAAUUUUGCUGGCACUAUAUAAAUAAUAAUUCAAGGUGAUUCUCAUUUUAGUAAGUAACCCUGCAUAUCCUCAGUCUACCUAUUGUUCUAUGCAUUGUCUUCAGAUAUGUGCUGAAUGAACCUCAGAGUCGCCAAAGUACACCUUCUGGACAAGGAUCUUCUGCCACAAGUGGAGGCAGUGGUGUAGGUAUUCCUCAGCCUCCACCUGGUUUGAGCUUCUAUGCUGCGAAGCGUGUUGUGGGAGACACUCCCUGGACAGCAGAGCAGUUAGAACAGGUAAUAAACAUUGCUUUGGUUUCUUGUGUAAAUUGUGGAAAAGCUUGUUGAAUCAGAUUUUGCUUCCAUUGUGAAUUUGUUUUUGUUUUUUGUUUUUUUUUCUGCAUGCAAAGAGAUUAAUGAUAGACAAACCCUUCUCUGUUACUUUGCAGUGCAAGCUGGGUAUUGUGAAGUUUAUCGAAGCAGAGCAGGUGCCCGAGUUGGACUGUGUCAUACACCUUGUGAUUGCAUCUAGUGACACUAGACACAGCGUGGCUACUGCAGCAGACCUGGAGCUGAAAAGCAAGCAGAGGUGAGAGUCUGUGGCCAGUGGAGUGUGUGUAUAUUGACAAGCUGACUUUCUCUGUGUCAUUGGUGUGGUAUGAAGGAUAAAUUGUAAACCUACACUCUGUGCUGGCCAAUCCAUAAGGUGCACAGGUGAGUUAACGAGAUCCUGCCGGCAGUUUUUGGCGAUCAACAAUUUAGCACCUUAAGUAGGAAGCAAAUCCUUCUGCAAUGUCCUCAAUAAGACAGCUGUCGCAUGUGCCAACAUUUGAUUAUUUUGUUUUGUCCCAGCACUAAUUGUAUCCACCUACUUGACUCUGCCUGUCCAGUACAAUGCCAUGACCCUUACAAAUAUAGAUGUUAAUAAGCAUGGCGUGUCAUUCUCAGGACCAGAUAGUGAUGAUAUCCUCUGUCCCAGCUAUUUGAUAUUCUUUUUAGAUUUUAUAGAUUUCAGCAUUUUAAAAAAAUAUCAGAAAAUGGGCUUGUGUUUUGCUAAUCCAUGAACUCUCAAUUUGGUUAAUUGCCAUUUUUAAUAUGAGGAUGUAUUUCCACUUGGAUAGUGCAAGCAGCAAAUGCUCUUAAACUAUUUGAACUUUACUGUAAACUAUGGAAUAUUUCCCAUUAUGUGUUCAGUAUAUUGUACAGUGCUACCGAAUUUGCUGGCGCUAUAUAAAUAAUAAUUAUAUUUGUUUUACUUUAUAGCUUGAUUGACUGGAAUGAUCCCAUCAUUAUAAACAAAAUGUUCAAGGUGUACUUGGGAGACAUACCGCUUAAAACAAAGGAGGUUAGUCUGUUUUUAUUGCUCAUUAAUAAACUAAUAUGUCUGAUAUAGAAUGGAUGUUCUGUUUAAAGUUUAUUUAACAAGCCUAACUUUCUGCAGGUGAAAAUUGCACCUGUUGAAAAAUGUUAAAAAAAUGUGCCUUUGCGAACUUAUAAAGGGGGAAAAAAUAUUGUGCCACUCUAUAGGAAAUGGCAUUUAAUUAUAGAUUGUCCUAACCAAUUUAUUGUCAAAAUAUAGUUUACAUUUUAUUCGUGUUUUAUUUCCUCUUUUUACAGCCAUGCUGUUUGCACAAUAGUAAAAUAGGUCACGUACUUGUAUAUUUAGUCACUUUGCUGCAAAAUGAGGCAUUAGAUAUCUCACAAUCCUUUGCUUGGUGUCUAUGCAUCCAUUUUCUGGUGGCCUUCUUGAAUGUUGGAGGCUAAAGAUCUUCAGCUGUGUGUGUGUGUAUAUAAUAUAUAUAAUUUUUUUUAAUUUAUUUUUUUAUAAAUGUUAUGCUUUUUUUCAGCAUGAAUUGACGGCAGUCUAAUUUUUUUUUAAUUUUUAAUUGUUUGUAGAAAUACAAUGGUAUGUUAGUACAUUUUAUCAAAUUUUUUUGAAAUUUUUUUUAUAUUCUUUAUUUUUGUUGUGCACAAAAGUUACAAAUAUCCUUGGUGCGCCACAACAGCGACAUCAGGGUAAGUUAGAAAACAUUUGCAAUACAGGUUGUGGCAUAUGUUAGUCAGACACAUUUUUAAGUUAUUGAGAUCAUUAUUACAACAGUGUAGAUUCUCGCUUAUGUAACUAUGAUGUGAAAUUAAAAAAACAUUGAGGCAACGCUUGUAACAAUACUAUGAAUGUUGUAACAAAAUGCUAGUUCGUAGAUCAAGCUAGUGCGGUUAGACUAUUUAACUGCUGAGUUUGUAGUAACAUGCGAACGGUCAUGUUAAUUUAUGAUAAUCAAACAAUAGUAGUAAUAACAUGCUUCAACUCUUAGUUAGCUUAUAGGAGAUGUAUAUGUUAGUAUAGACUCGUGGUCAGUAUAUGUGAGAACCAUAUUAGGGUUGUCAGGUCGGCCUCACCAUGCAAAAGUAGACUGAUGACGGUCCUCAAGAUAAGUAGGCAGUGGCGGUGAACGAUUUAUAAUCAAGCUAUUCGUGGUUAGCCUGGGCAACAUUUCUGUGAGAUUGUGAAAACAUAUGAGAGCUUUGGUACUAGAGAUAGGGAAAUGGUACGCUGGGCAAUUUUUAAAGGAAUGGCAAAAAAUAUAUAGAAAAUGGCGCUAGAGGAUAAAGUAAAUGAAUGGUGCUGCUAUACCCAAGUAUAUCACCACUAUAUAUACUUAGAAAGAAUACAAUAAAACGUAGAAAAGGUAAAUUUUUAAAGGAACACUAUAGUCACCUAAAUUACUUUAGCUAAAUAAAGCAGUUUUAGUGUAUAAAUCAUUCCCCAGCAAUUUCACUGCUCAAUUCACUGUCAUUUAGGAAUUGAAUCACUUUGUUUCUGUUUAUGCAGCCCUAGCCACACCUCCCCUGGCUAUGAUUGACAGAGCCUGCAUGAAAAAAAACUGGUUUCACUUUCAAACAGAUGUAAUUUACCUUUAAAUAAUUGUAUCUCAAUCUCUAAAUUGAACUUUAAAUCACAUACAGGAGACUCUUGCAGGGUCUAGCAAGCUAUUAACAUAGCAGGGGAUAAGAAAAUCUUAAUUAAACAGAACUUGCAAUAAAGGAAAGCCUAAAUAGGGCUCUCUUUACAGGAAGUGUUUAUGGAAGGCUGUGCAAGUCACAUGCAGGGAGGUGUGACUAGGGUUCAUAAACAAAGGGAUUUAACUCCUAAAUGGCAGAGGAUUGAGCAGUGAGGCUGCAGGGGCAUCUUCUAUACACCAAAACUGCUUCAUUAAGCUAAAGUUGUUCAGGUGACUAUAGUGUCCCUUUAACUGCACAGAAGGGACUAGCUUAAUACUGUGUUCAGAGUCCGGCACGUGUGGAUCACCCUACUCCCAUUCUCACCACGAUACAUUUAUCACAUUUUGUGGCCUAUUGGUACAAGCAUGUUUUUCUAUGAUAAUUCUCAGUGUGUAGUACGUACAUUUCAACAGACAAAAACAUCAACUGAGUGGGAGGGGGGAGAAAUUGCAAAGGAAGGAAGGAGGAAAGCGCAAAGAAAUAGGGGGAGGGAAAGGGGAAUGGGAUGGAUUGAAAGUCCCUCUCCCCAGUUGCUGCCAACUGGGGGCUGGCAAGCCUCACCUAUCCCGACUAGGUUAACAAUGAGUUAUGUUUAUUCCCCCCCCUUGCAGAAUCCCCAAUGUACCGGUUAUGGAAUUUCAAAUAAAAGCUGUAGUGAGCCACUGAGCCUGUAUGUCUGUGUACUGUGAUAAAUACCAAACCGAAAGGCAAGGAAAACAUGUUUAAGUAGAUCUGGUGCAAAUUGAGGUGUGAAAAGUGCAUUAUGUAGAUGGAUGUUUGUGAAACCUUAUAUAAACAAGGAUUUCCAGGCCAGUAAGGUAAUCAUAAACAUUUAGUCAUUGGUCAGAGGUCCAGGCGCUUGUCUAGCAAUUACAAGACACAUUGUACAAUGUAUGGACUUUAUACAACUAGAGGGCAUUUCAUUAAGUCUCUAGAUGUGAUGUGUUGGUUGGUGUGUUAUGUCUACUUCAAAAGUAACAUUCUAUUUUCCUAGAAUGCUAUCAUACUUUGUGACAGUAAUCAACAUUUGUAUUUUAGGGUAAUCUACUAAAACCAGAGCUUAAGCGAGAUCCAGUGAGCACCCGAGUGAAAUUAAAGAUUGUUCCCCAUCUCCUACGAUCCAGGCUGGCAGCAGAGUUAUUCCCACCUAACAUACAGGUAUGACAUUUACUUAACGUCCCAGAAAAAUUGAUAUAUUCUAUUGUAUGGAGGAUUUUUGACAAGUUCAGCAACAUUUUUAUAGUUUAUCUUCUUUGAAAACUAAGUCUAGUUUUUAAAAUCAAAGUUGCAAAAAAAAAAAAUAAUGAAAUCUGUAAGUGACACGUUUCCAGUUUUGAAAUGUGUAAAAACGCCCCAGGAAGUAUAUAAAUUAACAUCAUAUCUUGCAUAUGUUUAUGGUCUCUCUAAAAGGUUGAUGAUUCAUUAAAAUUUAAAGCAUAUAAAAGAGGCAUGGCUGGCUAGCAUUCUAACAAUCUUUAAAUCUAACCAAUUAUCCACAAAUACUGGAGUAAUAUAUGCACACAAGUCUUUAAUCCACAGGCAGCUCAUAUCUGUUUUUUUGUUUUUAUGGUGGCCCCAAUCCUUAGCUGUAUGGGAUGUGUUGGUCCAACCACACAAAUCAAUGCCCAAAAUAGACGGAUAACAACAACUGGAUUUUAAAAUAAAAAGUUAAUCUUUAUUUUCCCACACAUGUGGCAUGCAGAGUGACAGAGAACAGCAGUUUAUGCAUUUCAUACCCUUGUAUGUUAACCAAACUCUAAUUUAACUUUUUAUUUUCAAGUCUGGUUAAAAUUCUAACCUUGGGUUUGGCUUAUGAAUUACCAGUAUUUGUUUGUUUGUGUGUGUAUGUGUAAUUAAUAUAUAAUAUUUAUUUUUAUUUUUAUUUUUUUAAUUUAUUUUUUUUUUUUUUUAAUUUUCAGGUUGUGUAUGACGGCCUUUUUGGGGGAAACACAAAUGCCAAAUUAAGGACCCUUUCUCUUCAGUUUGUGCACCACAUCUGUAGCACGUGAGUAACUUCAAGGACUGAUGGUACUUGUGCAGAAAGGUAUCUGGUAACCUUUUUGUCCCAGGGUUCAAACUGUCUAUAAUGACCUAUGCAGAUAUAGGCGGGGACAUUCCAGACCAUACCUGGAUUACUAAUGGAAGCUGUGGCUAUAGUAAUCCAUGAGCAAGCGGCUCCCAUAUAGUUCUGUGGGUAACAUCUAACAUAUGCAUUAUAGGAGUAAAGCUGUAUAUUCUCCAUAUCUUUGAGGAAACAAAAGUGAUGUUAAAGAAGCAGAUGGCAUAUGUAUUUAUUUUAUUUAUUUAUAAAAUAUAUUUUACCAGGAUGGAUACAAGAGAUUUCUCUUGUUUUCAAGUAUGUCCUGGGUCCACAAAACAUUGCAUUAUUACAAUAAGAUACAAUGUACAAACUAUAUAUGUGUGUGUGUGUGUGUGUGUAUGCACACAUAUAUAAAGUUAAUACAUAACAGGUAAUAAAUAUAUUCAACCAUGACAGGUGCAUUCUGUGCUGAGGUAUAUUGCCAUAGAUCUCUUAAAAGAUUUUAGAUUGAAUGAAGAUUUGACUGUGUCCAUGAGGUUAUUCCAUAAUUGCGUUGCUCUGUAGGAAAAGGAGGAUUGAGACACUUUAUUUUUGUAUUGCGGUAUGCUAAAUAUCAUGCUAGUACUGUAUCAGAGGUUAUAGGAGGUGGGAACAGCCGGGGAGAGCAUUCUAGUCAGGUAGGGUGGGAGCUUCCCAGAAAUGCUCUUAUGCACAAGGCUGGAAAUAUGAAGAGUGUGUCAGUAUUCCAGUAACAGCCAGUUUAGCUCUUUUAACGUAUCACCGUGGUGGGUAAAGUAAUGAAUUAUAUAACGUAUUAAGGUGGGUUUGCGGUGCGGGUGCAUACACUACAUCCCCAUAAUCAAUGACCGGCAUUAGCAUUUGUUGCACUAUCUGUUUCCUUACUGUAGGGCUUAGGCAGGAUUUGUUUCUGUAUAGGGCACCUAGUUUUGGGUAAAGUUUUAAAGAGAUUUUUUUCAAUGUGAAGGCCAAAGGAUAGAUUGGGGUCUAGCAACACAUCUAGAUAUUUAAGAGAGCAGACUGCUGUCAGUGUGCCAUUUGAAUUUGUUCUAAUACACGGUUGUUGAUUUUGUAGUUAACGCAUUUUUAACAGUUUUUUGUCAGUGUUUAUGAAGAGUUUUUUAUCUGCUAUCCACUUUACUACCUCUGCGAAUUGGUUUUGGAGCACAGCCUCAAGCUACAGUAGCUUCGGUUUACUAGCGUAGAUUACAGUGUCGUCUGCAUACAUGUGUACAGUUGAGGAUUUGCAGACGUUAGGCAGAUCAUUUAUAAAUAAUGUGAAUAGCAGGGGGCCGAGUAUGGAGCCUUGGGAAACACCACAUGUGACAUGCUGCCAUACAUACUGGAGGACGGUCAACCCAGCACACUCAGCCUGUUACUGACGCCCCCAAAGUUGAACGUGCUAAUGAGAAAGUUCACUUCCACAUUAUCUUAAUAGCAGGCAAAAACUGGGCGCGAGAACCAGCUUUUGUCAAAACCACACUUAAACAGUUUGUGUUAUUACCACUUUGAGCUGCUGUGGUUAUGGUGCUUAUCGAGCCUCUUUAAAGAGCAGCAUGUAUAAGCAUUUGCAUAUAUCUAUCGUGUAGCUGCAGUAGUUUUUAAAGGGAAUUAUUUUACUAGAUCUUUAUCCUUGUUAAUGUUAAAAUGCUUUAUCAUAGUCUUCCACCUCCGUAACAUAGCGGUUACUAAUUAUUUUUCUUUUUCUUUCUUAGUUGUCCUGACAGUAAAAUAAAACCACUAGGUCCAAUGCUGCUGAAUGGACUAACCAAGCUCAUCAAUGAAUACAAAGAGGUAAAUACAAAUGAAAUAUUUAGACCACACAAAUCUAACUCAGCUUUAGACCUCCAAGCCUGUUUCUAUACUGUUUGCUACACUUGCAGGGACACCUUGGUCACCACUUCAGCAUUUUUAAGAUAUUGUGGUGCAUGUAGCUGUUCCUACAAGCCCUGCCAAUCACACAGCAGGGAGUUACACCUAUGAGCUCUCAAGCCAAUGUGUUGGUGCAUCAGUGUUGACGUAGCGUGCAAGUCAAAAGUGUGUACUAUCUCUGCGAUGAUUGCGGCAACAUGUGACUUAUUCAGGGUGGAGCACAAAUCAUUACAGAGACUGGUCACUCUUUGGCCUUGCAAGUGCUUGUUUCUGGGGACCACAACCUGACAGCUGGAAAGUGUGUUCCGAUCUCUCUGAUUGACAGAACUUAUAGGAGGAGCUAACUAUUGCCACAGUGGGGAAAAAAAAUUAAAUUGUAAAGACUGCAGGGUAAUCUGAUGUUUCUAUGUUGCCUAAAAUGAUCCUUUAAUGGGUUGGUAUUCCUUGUCGGAGAAAAUAUAUGCUCUGGAAAUACAGGUGAUACUUGAAAAAUUAGAAUAUCGUGCAAAAGUUCAUUUAUUUCAGUAAUGCAACGUAAAAGGAGAAACUAACAUAUGAGACUCAUUACAUGCAAAGCAAGAUAGUUCAAGCCGUGAUUUGUCAUAAGUGCGAUGACUAUGGCUUACAGCUCAUGAAAACCCCAAAUCCAUAAUCUCAUUUAAGAGUGUUAAGAUAUUUUGUGACAAGUCCAAGUUAACGACUACAUUAAACUGGUUUGGAAGCUCUCUCCUUUGAAUAAUAGGUGUUUUAUCCCAACCUUUGAUUUCAUUUAGUCAGGAAUGUCUUAUUUUAUUUUUCCCACUGAGAUAUUGUAUUGUGUUUUUGUUGUCUGACAACUUUCAGUUUAUUUUCUUAGGAUCCAAAGUUGCUGUCUAUGGCCUAUUCAGCUGUUGGUAAGCUAUCAAGGUAUGUUAAUUGAAUACUAAGGUGUCUUAUGUACUAAAUGUUAAGUAAGGAAACGUAGAGCCUCUGUGAUUGUUCUCAAAAAUAUUAAUUGAGGAAUAAAGCACGAACAUCGUUUCAGUGUAGAACUACUAUGAGUAUGAGGACUAUGGGUAUACAAGUGUAUGUAUUUUGUGGUGUGCUGUUGCAAAAAAAUGGCUUAGGGCAGUGUUUACUCAAAUAUAUUCUUUAACUAUACAUGGAUGAAAUGUGUUUAAGUUGAGCUACCUUGUCAUAGGAAUUUAUACACAUAGUAAUCCCCUACAGAGAAAAUGUUAUAUAAAUGUCCUCCUAUUAUUUAUUUAUUGUUUUUGUCCAUCUUUAUUUUGGAAGUGCAAGUGAGUACAUAGAAGCGUGCAGUUCCACGACAACAGCUGCAUGCAAAGCAAUUAUUGACAUAUUAGAACAUCGGCAUGGCACACUGUAUAUUACAUUUGCACAAUUUGUUUUAAAGAAGUCUUACUUCAUGCUUAAUCCACAAAAAAUACAGGCUUUGUUCAGGCAUGAGCACAGUUAAAAUAACAUAGAACAAUACACCAUAUAAGACCUGAAUGUGAACAGUAGUGUGAACUAUUGGAUUAAAGGGACUCUCCAGUGCCAGGAAAACAUGUUAGUUCCCCCUCCCAUCCCAAGUUGCUGAAGGGGUUAAAACAUGAUGUCCCUCGUUGCUGGGUCAGGCUCCGCCUACUCUACUCUGACAUCGGCAAGGGAGACCUAAUGCUCAUGCGCGGGUAUCCAAUGCUUUCCUAUGGGGAUUUCGGCAACGCUGGAAGUCCUCCUAUAGCGUGAGGAUGUCCAGCGUCGUAUAACACACUUUUCAUGUUCUAAGAACACGGAAGUCCCUCUAGUGGCAUUCUGAUAGACAGCCACUAGAGGAGGACUUAACCCUGCAAGGUAAUUAUUGCAGUUAUGAAAACUGCAGUAAUGACACUUGCAGGGUUAAGGGUAGUGGGAGUUGGCACCCAGACCACUACAAUGGGCAGAAGUGGUCUGGGUGCCUGGAGUAUCCCUUUAAGGUUUAUACACGUAUGUAAGUGAAAACAAAAAUAAGGAUAAGGUAAUUUCCACAGUGAAGGCCGAGCCCACAAUCCCUAUUGGAAGUAGUGUAGGGUAAAAUAUGUUUUUAAGGGGUCGCAUAAGCUAUGUACCUCUUGCCAACUAGGUAUAUAAGUAUGUAAGCCACAGUAGUUUGGCUAGAGGUGGCCACUCACGGUACUCAGUAGAAACACAAUGACAAGAAAGGUGAGUGAGUGGGGGGGAGAAGGGGGCCAACGGGUUAUGAACCCCAAGCCAGCGGGCAUACUUAGUGUAAAGGGACGUAUCCCAUAGGGCUGUCAAUGUGGUAACAGCGCAUUGGUUCAGUGAUUCAGAGAGGUUAUGUUCAACUGAAAAAUGAUCAGGACAAAAUCACGGCAGGUGGUCUUUGGCAGUUCAGGAAACCGCAGUAGUUGCAUUGCUACCCCUCAGUGCGGCAGGCACAAAGGGACGAAGCCUCGAGGGAUGGACACAGCAGCUCGCUAUUGGGUAGUGUUUGCGGUUCCUAACCGGAUAAAACACCGUUUUAGCUCUUAGCUUAGUCGGAGCUCCCGAAGGAUGCGUCCACUCAGUUAGGCAGCUGGCUCCGCCCCCAAUGUCCCCCAUAUUUUUAAUGCAUUGUAUAGAUAAGGAAAAAAGUAUUUACAUUAAAAUACAUACAAUUUUUAAAAUGUUCCUUUUUUGGCACUGAUAGAUUCUCUUUUAUCCCAUGAAUACUUGUUGUUGAUCCCCAGGAAUAGCUCCAAUUAUCACUUGGGAUGCGUGGAACUGCUCUAUGAAGUGAUAUUAGCCAUACCACAGCUGCUAUCACUUUACACAUCAGCUGGUUUACUGAUUAGUGAAGUGGGUUAUAUUCAGCUAUCAGCAGAACCUUGGUCUGAGAAUGCAUGUCCCAGGAGGAGAGGGCGCUAAACACAAGUUUCUGCAUGCAGAAACUUGGACAAAAUUGUCACUGGGCAUCCAGAACAAGACCUUCCUGCUCGAUGAUUGAAAGCUAUGCAGGCCAGUCUGAGAGCUACUGUUAUUUUUUUACUACAAAUUACUAGAGUUCUAAGCCCUGCUAAGAGUUGAUUCUGGGUGCUUUACACGUGAUCACAUUUGCAACCGUGAAAAGCUGUGCAGGUGCUUAUAGUGACGCUUUAAUAUACAUGUCAUAUUGAGUCAUGUCAUUAAAUAAGCUUCUUUUCUCUAGCCGGAUGCCUCAGUUAUUUACCAAGGACAUUGCCCUCGUGCAGCAAUUUUUUGAAGCCAUGCGCAAGGUAAGAAAGUUAACCUUUUGCAGUACUAAUAAUUUAAUCUGCUUCUAAGUUAUUUACUUGCAGGAUUAAAGGGAAUGUAUUGAUGUUGGAUAAAAGUUUUGUUAUUUCACUUUACAAAACAAAAUUGAAAAUGUUCGGUGAAAGACUCUAAAGACUAAGCUGUCUUACCUUUAAAAUAGGAGUGAAAGUCUACCUUACCCUAGUAUAUGCUUAGUAAUAAGUGAUCCUUUUUCCUUCUUACCUCCAGCAAAGUCAUAUUCCCAAGAAACACUGCUGGCGUAUUUAUGCUAGGAAUAUUUUUCUUAUGAUAUUUAAUUAUUUGACAUUGAAUGCCAGAAACUACAAUGCUUCUUUAUCCUUGUAUUUGAAUUUUUUUUUUUUUUUUUGGGGGGGGGGAAAUGCCCAACAGCUAAUUGUUCACUUUCAGUAUAAAGUAAACAUCACAAAUACAUGUGAAACUUAUUCUUACCCACCUUUUACUUCUUGAUCAGAGCACCUGGGUUUAUGUUUAUAUGUUCAUUCCACUCACUGCUAGAGAUUUAUAUGUGCAAGCUUGUCUACCUUACCUGGGUCACCAACAAUCACUAUUUAGUAUGUUGAUUCAUUGAAUAACCAAUACCUGUUUUUUUUUCAUUACAGGAGGAUACAGAUGUCAGACUUUCUAUCCAGGAAGCUUUGUCUAUGAUGGUAUCCGCUUACUCUAAUUUAGAAGGGGCCCAGCUGACCCUUAUGGAAGCUCUUGUUAGUUCAUACAUGAUAAAGGUGAGGAAGGAUACAUCUUACCAAUAGGAGAUAAACCAAAAUAUGUGACUUGAAAGAAUCCUUUAAAUCACCAUAAUAAUUCCCUGCACCCAUGAGCUCUGAGAGCAGCUUACAACUGCAGCGAUUUGUAAACGUUCUCAUCCCAAUACUAAGAGCCAGUCUGUGGACCCUGCAUGGUUGGUCAACUGCUCUAACUAUUGAUGCACACAGCCUGGUUAGUGAACUUGGAUGUGUGUAAGUAGUUUGUAGACGCAAUAUGGCAGCUAUCCGUUGGUUAAAGAGUUUUGCUAAUGCUAUGCGAUGAUUGCAGCUCUCUUUAAGAUAAGCUGCUUAUCCCAUAAACCUGCUGCACAGACCUUUUAUGGGAAAAGAAUAGAUACAGUAUUAGGCUCCUGGUUGGUGAGGAAGAGUUCUGUCUUCCACUGACUGUACAAAUGUCCGUUAUUACAGUCUUUUUUUUUUAAUAAAUUAAAACAUUUUAAAACAAAAGGGCUCAUUUUAUUCCAUAGUUUACCUUUAAAACAAUUUUGAUAAUGAAAGGUGAGGGGAUUCAAUUCUUAAAUACAAUGCAUAGUAGAGAGAUUGUAAUAUUUACUUUUGUGUCUUCAGCCAGAAGUUCAGGUUCGACAAGUUGCCGUGAAGUUUGCCAGUAAUGUUUUUGCUCCUGAUCACAUCCCUUCAAGAUAUUUGCUUUUGCUGUCAGCCGGAGAUUCGUAAGAUUUCUUUACCAAACUAUUUCUUGCAUUUCUGAUAGAGUGCUUAGUUAAAGGUUAUCUGUACUGCAAAAAUGCCAUGAUAUCAGAUGUAUUCUAUACAUUGUGCUAACCAAAUUACUAACCGGUUAUAAAAGGUGUAAAGUCCUUUAAAAUUGGCUUCGGUUCAGCUCAACAUAUAGUUAUACCCUUGGGACAGUAAGACUUUUUAGAUUUAAUGAUUACCACUACUUGGCAGACUUGGUAAAUUAAUUCCCUCUUUCUGCACCAUAUUUUUUUUUUUUUUUGAGCAAUACACGUUGUUGUGUAAGAAAAAUAAUAAAAACUAUAACUUGUAUUGUAAAUGUAAUACAUAUUUUACAUUUAAAAUACAAAAUGUGAAAUUUUUUAAGUUACAUUUUGGCUACAUAAUUUUUAUUAUUAUUAAUAUUGGGUCAGUCUUAACACCAUAACUUCCACAUCUUGGUGCAAAAAGUAUUUGUGUGCAGUUCAAAAGUGGUUGUGUGUGGUUUCAUUUUUUUACAUACAUACCUUUACAUACAUACCUUUACAUACAUCAAGACUCUUUUACCACCCAUGGUUGGUCCACAUUACUAAUAUAAUUUUUGUUCAUUUUUGGUGACGAUGGUUGGCUGAGAAUAAUGGGAGAGAGUUAGCCCACUGCUCCCGGCUUAUUGCUGCUUUCUAGCUGAUUGCUUAGAAUGUGAGGAAUGGCAUAGAAAAACAUAUGUCUGUUGUUUGUGAUUGAUUGGCCUGAGGCAGUUGGCAUUUCUCAGACACAGGGAAUCCUGAACCAAUUCUACCACUUAUCAUAUAUUGUCUACUUCGAUCUCCCAUUCUUAUGGAGGUGAAUUCCGUCACGAUCACAUGAGGGAUUUUUUUUUUUUUUUUUUUUAUUGAAUUGCAGGCGGGAAGAGGUACAUGGAGAAGCACAGAGAGCCCUCCGGGCAUUCUCUGCAAAUGGUGAAAAGGAUGGACCUCCUCCUAAACUUCCAUCCUUCCCAGUAAUGGUCCGUCAUAUCUCUGAAAAGGUAUAUAGACUGCUAUUCAUGUUGGAGGAGGGUGGCGUAAAAGUGUGCAUGUUGUGUGACUAGUACCGUAAUGUGUUGUUUUUUUUGUUUGUUGUUUUUUUUUUUCGCUCCCUUGCAGGCAUCGAACCGGAUGAAAUCUCGUUCUAAAGUUGUGACCACAACGUCCGUGCUCCCCUUUAACCCUGCUACAUUUUUAGAGGUACAAUAUAAAUGUGUCCACAAGCCACAGAACAUUCUUGCCAAGAUUUUUAAAUUGAAAAAGGCCCAGUAUUUUGUGUGUCCUGCUCUUUUUGACGGUCUGUCUUCUCCUUGUUCAGAUCAUCCUUUACCUGAGAAUGUGCCUGGCUCACAGUGCUGGUGUAACACCCACCUGCCAGUCAUUAGCAGAUAUGCAAGACCAGGCCCCAGCUCUUGGGCGUUAUAUCAGAGAGCUCAUGUCCAAUGAAUUUAUUGCUCCAGACUCCUCUUCUUCAAAGAAUGGUGACCUGAAUCCGGUGGAGAUGUACAUGAGCCUCAUCCAGCAACUAUUAUCUGCUGUGGGAGGUAAAACUGACCUUGUUGUAUUUGGUGAAUGGAAAGGCAUAUCUGUUUAUUUAUAAGUAAUUUGUUUACGUCCGAAUCAAAAUGUAAAAAUGUAAUGUAUUAGCUAGGUCUAAAAGUUAUCUCCCAUCUCAAUAAUUUGUUUUUAGUUAACACUCUGCAAAAUGGAAUAUGAGUAUGAGUGCAGGGGUGCAUGUUUGUGGUAUGUUGCUGUGUGUGUGUUUGUGUAGAGAGUAAUCAAAUGCAAGGUUGUGUGUGUCUUUACUGGUGUAUAUGAGCAGAGGGUAAAGGUGUGUAAAAGCAGGGAUAUAUUUACCCUUUCAAAUUCCCAUGUCGCUGUCCACCUACCAUGUACUGCUCCCUUUGUCCUCCAUAUUUAUUUGUUUGAUUUUUAUUUGGUAAAUAGUAGAGUGGGGCUUUAGCUGUGGUGUAGAAGAGUGAGCCACAUGGAACUGAGCUUCCAGUCAUACUGGCAAGUAAAGCUCUGACACUGCUGUUACUGCAGCUAAGCCUGGUUACAGGCAGGGCGAAUUUUCCAGUACUCAACAAGAGAAGAUUUGCCUUUUGUUAUAUUUCCAGGAUUAGUACUUUUUAGGGGUUUGGGUUUUAAUUGCCUGCUAUUAGGGGAAAGUUUGGGUGUAUUAUUAUUAUUAUUAUUAUUAUUAUUAUUAUUAUUAUUAUUAUUAUUAUUAUUAAUAAUAAAAAGCAAUGCUCACCUCUCCGCAUCCCGCAACAUCAUUGGGGACUUGGUGCACAUGUGUUAGAGGUAGAUUUAAAUCUGCAAUGUAAAAAAAAAAAUGCCGCCAUUUGGGGUCUCUGCAUAAUUAGCAAACUCCCCCAACAGUGACUGCUCUCCUGGCAGUAUGGUGAUUGAGGGGUAUAGUGGAAGGUGCGUGAUACUUAACUGGACCUGUCUCUUGCAAGCAAUGCCAUCUUCCUACUGCCUGUCCUCUUCAGCUCACAUAUGCGCAAGAGUACAACACUGAGGUCUAUGGAGGAUCGCGUCAGACUGGGAUCCUCAAUAGAGAGGGCAUAUUUUACUUUGAGUGUGCAUACAGCUCAUCAGUCAGUGUAGGGUCCUCUUAUUUUUGCCCGGCUGACAGAGGAAACCCAGGUAUCAAAUGAAAUAUCCCUGCUGGUAAAAUUGUGCAUGAUGGAAUUAUUCUGUCACUGGUCAGGAAGGGGUUAACAAAGCUGCUGCAAACCACAUUAGGAUUCCUUCUUGGUGUUAAAUGUAAAAAUGGUUUUGUGCGUAUGUUUUUCCAUACAAUUCAUUUUAGUGGCAUUUUCUAUGUCUUUCAGGUUUGUCAGUGAUGUACUGCUUUCUGGAAGUAGUCUCUGUCUAUCCACAAAAGCUAUCUGCAAAAUUGGUAGAUUCCACUGACUGGAUAAAGGUAAUGAUUACUGCCUUCUUAAUUUAAAAACAUUUUUUUUUUUAAGAUGUGUAUGGUACCAAUGAUGGAUAUACUUCGUAGAAGGACUUGCAUAAGUAAGAAACAAAAAUUUUUGGUUGGGUGUCUAUUCAUAAAAAAAAUUAAAAAUUAAAAGGAUGCUUCUGCCAACAAACAAAUGCUGUCCAAGUAUGCUUAAAUUGCAUACUUUGGAGUUUUUAGUACAAUUUUAUGAAGAAUUAUCCUAGACACAUUUAAUUUAUUAUAUUCUAAAAACAAGCUGAUGCCAAAAGUGGCAAACACAUGCAUCCUUCCAAAAAAGCUCAAGUGUUAACAUACAUCAAGAGUCAUUGAAGUUUUUCUUUGAAGUCUAUUGUGCACUCUAAAUAUUGGAAUAUUCGUGUUCAUGUACAAACUUUUUAAACUUUUGAUAAACCUGAUAGGCAUACGUAUCGCUGGGGAUAGCAGUCCCUGCAAUAUCUAUAAUAACUUAAGACCCAGCUAUAGCCUACUACUAACUAGCUUAUAAGGAAGGCAACCUACAGCAAAGUAAGUAGAAGUAACAGAUAAGAGAGGCUGCGCCACAUAAAAAAUUAAAAAUAUUUAAAAUUAUUUAAAGUCCAAGUAGUAAAAAGUCCAAAUUGUAUAUCUUUACGAAUAGUCUUUUUGAGAGGCUGGUACUGUGGUACGUCUUCGAAUAUAGUGGUUCCACUUAUAUAGAAGAUAAAAGAGAGGGACAACCAAUAGUGCAAUAUGUAUAGCUCAGAUAUUGACUGGAUAAAAAAGCAAUGGUAGAGAACUCACAUUUGCAAGAGCUUAUGUCCAGCUCUAGGGUAAAGCGCGUACAGCGGUUUAAUCCCCGUUUAUAGGAUAUAUGGUGGGUACCUCUCCGUCAGUGGUGUCCGGUUCUCAGGAAAGAAGAAACAGCCAAUAGUGCUCACUGUAUGGUAUUAUUAGCAUAAAUUAAAUAAAAACGUACUUACAAGUAAAGAGCAGGCGGACUGCUCUGUGGUAUCAGCAUAACUGGAUUGAUCCCCACCUAGGAUUUCUUGGAAUGUAGAUAGCUUCCAAAUAUUAUAAAACCAGAAUGGAUAAAAAAAGAAUAAAUAAGAUAAUAAAAAGCCAGGAUAAAGGUAAAAGGAAAAAAAAUAAAAAAAAUAUAUAUGUAAAAAAGAUAAUUGGCACAAUCAAAUGACCAAAUAUACUUUAAUACAAAAAUACACAAUAUAAAAUUUCCAUAACGCGUUUCGUCAAAAGACUUUUUCAAAUGGAAUAACCCGGAAUAAUUUGAAAAAGUCUUUUGACGAAACGUGUUAUGGAAAUUUUAUAUUGUGUAUAUUUGGUCAUUUGAUUGUGCCAAUUAUCUUUUUUACAUAUAUAAUUUUUUUUUUUUUUUUUACCUUUAUCAUCUUAUUUAUUAUUUUUUAUCCAUUCUGGUUCUAUAAUAUUUGGAAGCUAUCUGCAUUCCAAGAAAUCCUAGGUGGGGAUCAAUCCAGUUAUGCUGAUACCACAGAGCAGUCUGUCUGCUCUUUACUUGUAAGUACGUUUUUAUUUAAUUUAUGCUAAUAAUACCAUACAGUGAGCACUAUUGGCUGUUUCUUCUUUCCUGAGAAUCGGAAACCACUGACGGAGAGGUAACCACCAUAUAUCCUAUAAGCGGGGAUUAAACCGCUGGACAUAAGCUCUUGCAAAUGUGAGUUCUCUACCAUUGCUUUUUUUAUCCAGUCAAUAUCUGAGCUAUACAUAUUGCACUAUUGGUUGUCCCUCUCUUUUAUCUUCUAUAUAAGUGGAACCACUAUAUUCGAAGACGUACCAGCCUCUCAAAAAGACUAUUCGUAAGGAUAUACAAUUUGGACUUUUUACUACUUGGAUUUUAAAUAUUUUUAUUUUUUUAUGUGGCGCAGCCUUUCUUAUCUGUUACUUCUAUUCAUCUUGUUUUAGAGGGAUCGCCUUUUUAAGGUUGCUGCCUAUAAGUUGACCAGUCCUGUCUCAUCCAUUUUAUCAUUACUAUUAUAACCUACAGCAAAGGCCCAGUACAUGCCUGUCCCUCCAAUUCACUGGUCUGUCCUGUGGUCCCUCUGUUCUUUGUUUUGUUUUUUUGAUGCUUUUAUUUGCGCACUGUGGCUCUGUGGCAGGACUAGUGGCUGAUCAUUGGUGCUUAAUAGUCUUUUCUACACAGAGACUGGUUCAUUCAGGGGGCAUGUUUGGCUCUAGCAGGCCCCCCUAGUCUUUCGGCGGAGCGCAUGCAUUCCAUUAUGUGAGGCCACCUUUCUGAGCCACACGCAUUCUAGUAUAGUGUUCUCAAGGCUCCAGUGUUUUGGAACACAGCCACGGAAGUGGAACUGUUCACCAAUGUCAUGAAUUGUAAUGAUUGAACUAAUUGCUUUUCAGACUCUGCUGAUUUCAAACAAGGAGGAGAUGCGAGAGCUGGCAGCUCAGUUGUAUGCUGUAGUAGUGUCUACAGUGUCUGGCCCAGAAUUAAAGUCUAAACUGCAAAGUCUGAUUAAGAGCGCUAAAGACAACCAUGUAAGUAAAUAAACUAUUUGAAUGCAAAAUUCUUGUUUUUAUAUGAACGUAACCUUUUAAAAUUCCUCUCUCCUUUCAUCCCUUCCAUUAUAGCAUCAAUCUUUAUUAACUAAUAGGAGGAAGCUGGUUUUGUGUGGUGUGUGUGUACUUUAUGCAACCCUCACACAAAUGAUUAGUACUGACUCAUACCAAGUGACUUGUAUGGUUUCACUCCUAGCUUUGUAUGCUACACCAACAGAGUACAUGCAGUAUUGUAUGGUACAUUGGAAGCUUUGAAAGGACCAGGGAUGGUUUAGAAAACAGUCAGUACCAUGGAUUUGCUUCCUGACUGUUUCCUGAUUCUUGUCUGCAUUCCUGCUCUUAUGACUUGUACCACUUUUCACCAAUGUCUAAACCCAAACUUGUUUGUUUAUGGUUUCCAGAAUCCUGAGGCUCAGCACGGAUCCCUGCUUGCUCUGGGCUACCUGAUUGGAAGAUACUUGGCUAAGUCUUUUAAACGUAACGUAGAAAUGCAGGACUUGGAACAGUCUAAAUCAGCUCCUAUACCUGAUCAAGAUGAAAUGAUCCAAACCUGUGUUGAAACUAUUGGUAAGGUUCCAAUUCCACGAAAUUAGAAGAAUGUUAAUGCAGACUCAAGGAGUACAGACAUGCCUCAUUCAGCUUUCCGGAUGAUUGGCUGAUUCCCUCAUGGUAGCAGCAGUCAAAAGAACGCUGAAUUAUUAUGUUUAUGACAAAGUACCGAUGUGAUGCAAAGUAAUUCCUUAUUGCUUUGCUGAACUGUGAGUGUUUGUACGCAAGAGUAUGUGCGUGUAUCUACCUUUCUAUAAAUGUGUAUGUAUAGAUCAGGACUCAAAAUUCUAAGUUAUACAUUACUCAAACAGGCCUGAGAGUUACUUGCUACCGCAAGGCUGGAGCGUCUAUGAUAAUCAUUUAAGGCCUACGUAGCCAAACUGGAAAAAUUCUCUAAGUCCGCUAUGCUGUUGAUUUUGUUUCAUUUGCAUUAAAUUCACUUUGAAUUCAAUCUUUGGUAAAAACCCUGUUUUUAAAAUAUAUAUAUUUUUUUUUUUUUUUGGUCAACUAAGCCUGCCAUUACCUGGUUCAUGCUUCAAUCUCUCUCUGAGAAGGUCUCAUAUUCUAUACUAUGUCCUUUUGUUUAAAUGCCUUUAAAUGAUUGCUUUGCACAUGUUUUUCAGGCUCGUUUCUGGAUAACCCAUCCCCACAGCUGUCAGUAGCAGCUAUUAUGGCUUUGGGGGAGAUUGGAAGGAAUGGGGUGCUUCCUAUUCCAGAUGAUGGAUCUGGUUUUACCAAGAAACAACUUGUGGAGAAUCUGUUGGCCAGGAUAACGUCUGGAAAGGAAAUAAACAAGGCAAGUCACUAAGGAAUAAAUCUUUGCACUUUCUAUUUCUUUUUAACGCUCCUCAGAGUUUAACAUCUGUAACACCCAUCAUUUGGUUUGCUGUGUUUUGUGGACUCAAGCUUAAUGUAGCAUCUGUGAUGUGUCGGUAUUUAAUAUUUAAAUUUAAAAUGAACCCACACUGCUAACUAUGCACUGUCUUUUCUCAAUAAUGUUUCUUCAUGGCUUUCUGUCCAUUACUGUUUCUAUCCGGGCAACUCAUCUUAUUAUUGUAAAAUAUAGAAUCUGUGUCAUCCCAGGCCUAGCCUGCAUGUCCAGUGCGUGUAUUCACCUUUGCUUUCAGGUUUGUUUGUUAAAUAUUUUGAGUUUGUUGUUCAUCUACCCAGUGAUGUGAGAUUAUAAAAUUAAAGAAAUACAGCUGUUAUUACAUGUUAUGUGAGAACAUUGCUUGCAUUGUAUUUUUACAUGCUAAUAUCGGAAAACUACAUUAUCACAUGACACAUCAAAAUGACUGCUAGUGAUGGUUGGUUAAAUAAAGUAUACAUGUUUUGCUAACUUUUGGCAUGAUAUUAACUUGGCUAUAAUCUGGAUGAAUUAUUUGAGGACAACUGUAAAUGUCAUUUCAUAUAUUAACUCCUAGAAUGUGAUGGCAGAUAAGAACCAGUCUGCCCAAUUUUCUAAAUACUCUCGUUAGUCUCUGGCCUUAUCUUAUAGUUAGGAUAGCCUUAUGCCUAUCCCACGCAUGCUUAAACUCCUUUACUGUGUUAACCUCUACCACUUCAGCUGGAAGGCUAUUCCAUGCAUCCAUUACCCUCUUAGUAAAGUAAUACUUCCUGAUAUUUUUAAACCUUUUGUCCCUCUAAUUUACGACUUUGUCCUCUUGUUGUGGUAGUGUUUCUUCUUUUAAAUAUAGUCUCCUUCUUUACUGUGUUGAUUCCCUGUACGUAUUUAAAUGUUUCUAUCAUAUCCCCCCGUCUCGUCUUUCCUCCAAGCUACACAUGUUAAGAUCCUUUCAUCUUUCUCAGUGGUGAAUAAUACAACUGUUUUGCUAUAUAGUCUACUUUUUGGCAAAAAAUGGGUUUGCAUUGUAAUUUUUUUAUUUUAUUUGUUUUUAAUUAUAUUUCCCAUCAGGUACAAUUUAAAUGAGCACCAAUAGAUUAAUGAAUUAACAAAUGUAAUAUUACAAAGUGAUUGAAAUGUUUAACAUAUUUAAUAUUCAACAAAUUAUUAAUUUUUGGUGAUGUCAUGAAAUGUCAUCUGUUCUUAAGAGGCGAACAUAAAUCUUUUUUGUAACUUAAAUUCUUGCUUUUCAUGACUGUAUGCUUGAUCUAACCAUAUUCACAGGCCAAAGAACGAGCUAUAAGGACUCUGGGUUUUUUUUCUGUUGGAGAUGGGAAUUUCCCUUAUCAAAGAAUGCUGCUUCAAGGACUAAUGGAAUCCGUUGAAGUGAGUAACUUGUUUUUAAUAAAAUUAACGGUUAUUCGCUAAAGUGGCUUUACAUUUGAAUUCAUGAUCUUUCUCAAAAUAGCUGACUUGGAUAAUUUUUCUAGUUGUAACUUGGGCCUUAAAGGGACAUUCCACUCCCCAAAUUCAAAAUGGAAAAAACACAUUUAAGUAGAUAUAACCUCAUUGAAAACAUGCAUGCAUUUAAUUAUGCAUUUUUUUCAUUGUGGUUAUAUCUAAAACCAGCUUGCAAAAAGCUGCAAAUCUCUUGGUGUUGCCUUUUGCAAACCUUCCCUUCUAAUCCAACCCAGAGUUCCCAAUGCAGCUUAAUGAAAAAUCUUUGCAAGAAAAUGGAUUUGGGCAAUUGAAUGUGUUGUGAGUUUAACUACACAGUUCUAAACAACCAGAAAGUCUAUAUAGAAACAAUGUACUAAUAAUUUCUAAACAACCAGAAUGGAACAUGAUUGGUUAUCCCAUUGUCAUGCAGGAGGUGUAACCAGGUUAAUUAUUAAAAGUGCCAAAUUCUAUUGAAAUCUGCAAUUCUUGUAAAAUUUGAAAUUCACUUUGUGCUCCCACAAAUCUCCUUAUUUAAAAAAAAAUAAAUAUAAGGUUUCGUACAAAGUUGUAGAAAAUAAUUUCUGCAGGCUUUUCAAUAUAAACGCAGUGUUCACAUUGGUGCCUAGUAACACCUCUAGUGGCAGUCACUCAGAUGGCCACUAGAGGUGCUUCUUAAUUCAGUGCUGCGCUGUGUGCAUCACUUACGUUCAGUGUUUCUACUCUCUGCAUCUCUGAGGCCAUGUUGAUUGGCGCAGCAAAGCAUUUUCUUAUAGGAAAGCAUUGGAUUGGCUGAGAUCAUCAAAAAUUAUGUUCUCAGCCAUGGAGGCGGUGACCGUCAGGUCCAAAAUGAAGAAAAAGUAAAAAAAUUUUUUUAACUCCAAUCAAAUCUUUUUAACUCCUAAACUGCUACUCCUGCAGUAUAGUGUUCAUUAAACCUGUCUUUUCAACCUAUGCAUAAAGUAUUGUUUGGCAUACUUCACCUUCAAUACUUAUUUCUGCAUUGUUUAUAAAAGUAAAAUUGAUUGAAAAAUAUUCAUACCAGUAACCAAUCAGGCAAUUGUGGUAAGUUUCAAGCUGGGAAAUUAUUCAUAGAUUUUUACUUGGAAUCACUUCAGAGAUUUUACAGCUGAUUGGUAGUAAUGAACUAUGAACUCUUGUAAUUUUUGUUUACGUAUAAUCACAUGACACUGGUUCUGAAGAGUAUAGUUAAUCUGAAAUACAACUUUUUUUUUUUUUUUUCUUCAUUCAAGAAAAAGGUUUAUUGAUACAGGCUCAUAGACAAUGAUAUGUCAUUGAUUUGUUACAGAGUACAGGAGGAAGUAUUGAGACAUUAGUGUAAGCAUAUGUCACAUAGUUUGUAACAAAUUAGUGUAUGGGUCUGUAUGAUCAUGCGGGUUGAUACAGGUUAUGUUGGUUACUAUCAACUCAGUAAAUUGGUUGCUCGUUGGCGGGUCGAUAGUGGGAAAAUAAAAUAAGAGAAUGCACUGCACAAUCUGCAUUUUCAUUUUAUCUGUCUGUUAACGAAGAAUAUGAGUUAGGGGAUUGAUCGGUCAAUGAGUGUAGGUUGGCACUGGCUAGAGUGAGAAAGGAAAGGGGGAGGAGGAGACAGGAUGAGAGGGGCUGGAAGAGAAAGUUGGGAUGAGGGAGAGAGAGAAGAGAAAAAAUAAAUGUGAAAAAAAAAAAAGGGAAGGGGGGGGGGAAGAGAGAUAGGGAGGGUAGAUUGGUGGAUGUUGUCUCCCCCAACCCCCUUCCCAAAGCAGCCACCUCUGCACUGCGUUGUUAAUCAGGUUGAGGGGGGGACAUGGUCCAGGGUUAUUUUUAUUUUUUAUUUUUUUUAAUGCAUUCGUAGAAGUUUGGCAGAGACCAGUGUAAAUAAUGUUGCCUGCUGGCCUGAUCUGGGAUUUGAGUUUCUAUCAGACUGAUCAUUGUGAUAUGUUUGUCAAUAUUAAAUAUAAUUUGUUUUGCUAACAUUUUCCUCUAUAAUUUUUAUAUCUUUUCAUGCAGGCAAAACAAAUAGAGCUUCAGUUCACUGUAGGAGAAGCGAUUACAAAUGCUGCUGUUGGUACAAAAUCCUCUGCGGCUAGAGAUCUUUGGAUUGUCACAGAAGAAGAAUACCAUCCACGCACUGGUAAAUAGUCUAGUUUUGUUUUGAUUCUGAAUAUAUGCAAUUUGUACCAUUUUUUUUUUAGACGAGAUUUUAAGUACACGUGCCGGAAACAUUUUUUUAAUUGUGUAGGGAUACUGUGACCAUACAUAAAUCAAAGUAUUUGAAUAGCCCUAAAACAGUUAAAUUAGUCAAUAAAAUUAUUUGGUGUAUUAGUUGAAAAAAGAAGCCUGUAUCUUCCCUUGCAUGGGGUGAACGGAACAAAAAGGUCUGAUUGCUAUUUGUGGGAAAUGCUGCAGAAGAGCUUGAAAGAUAGAUUAUAUGCUCUUUUUUUUUUUUUUUUUUUUUAUCUUGAAUGUUCAGCAUUAUGUUUUUUUUUUGUUUUUUUUUUUAUUUGAAGUGUGGUAUAUACAGUUAAAGGGACAGUAUAGGCACCCAAACAACUUCAGCUCAUCAGUCACUGAAGGCGCUCCCUGCGUCCAAACUGACCGAUAUCUGGCACUGAACGUCCUCACGCUCUGCAUGAGGACAUCCAGCGUCAGAUUUUUCCCUGUAGGAAGGCAAUGCUUUUCUAUAGAGGGGGGCUAAUGCUCGUGUGUCAUUUUCCGUGCAUGCGCAUUAGCACACGCUGGUCCUGGGACAUCGGAGGGGAUGGAGCGUCGACCCAGUGCUGAGGGACAUCCGUGCUGGGAUAAGGUAAGUAAAUUAAAGCAUUUUUACCACUUUAUUUAGCCGGGUGGGGGGCGUGAUGGAGGAGGGAGGCAGAGGGAGCUAAAGUACCAUGAAUACAGCUUUGUAUUCCUAGCAUUCAUAGUAUGCCUUUAAACAUUAUUAAAGGAACACUCUGUGCACCAAGUGGUUAUGAUGCUUGAAGUAGCUCUGGAAGUGUUGAACGGUUUUUUGAAAACUCGGUCCAACUUUUUAGCCAUUGUGCCACUGUGUUAUAUUCACUACACAGAGUUUGUCUCUUUUUCAGGUGUUUUAUUAAAUAUAGGGAGGAUAUCCAGGCAAAGAGUGAAAUAAUGUUAAAUUAAAUAUUUUUUUAACCUGCUGAUUUUUAGUGCUUCAAUUAACAUUGCUUAGAUGUUAAAAUUUUAUAUGAUUUAAAAAAAUAAAUAAAAAAUUGAAAUUUUUUGCCCCUUACGUUAAUGUUACUGCUUUACUGAUUUAAAAUCUGUAUUGCAGUGUGUGAAAGCCAUCCUUGGAAUAAAUACUGUUGUGCUUGUUUCUAAAUGCUUGGUCCCAUGUAAUAGGCAGCAAGUAGCACUACAUGGUGUAUGCUGCAAAUUUCUGAGCAUCUUUUGUCCUUUUGUCUGAAUAGAUGUGAAGGUGAAUGAUGAAGUUCAAUGGGUUGUAGAUCAGAUUCUCAACAAGUACAUAGUGAGCAUCAAUCCGCACAUCCGUCAGGCUGCAUGCGUCUGGCUCCUUUCACUGGUGAAAAAACUGAGUGAACAUAAAGAAAUAAAGGUAAAAUUGAUAUUAUACCAGAUCAUACCUGUCAUAAUGCACCUGCCAUUAGGUAUAUAUUAUCAUUAGGAUUCCUUCUGAAAGGUAGACUUUGCUCUCUUACUGUAAUGUGAAAAACACAUACAAAAUCUACAUUUAAGGCGGCACUGUCUUGCCCAUCUUACCUUUCUUUAAUCGAUCCCUCUUCUCUCCCUCUCUCAGGAUCUGUUCUUCAUUUCUUCCUAUCUGCUCUAGUUUUCUUUAAAACAUAAGACAAAGUAAGGACUACUUUGUCUUAUGGAGGUUUCCUACGCCUGACCAUCUCUGACCAGCAGAGGAGCAAAGUGUGCUCCAUUUCCUGUGAUCAAAGCAAUUUUUCCACGAUUCUUACCUUUCCUCCGUGAUCUCGCGAUGCUUCCUGUCAGUAUUUCCGAACGUCCUGUCAUUUAGACAGAACGCCAGCGAAACCACAGAAUUUUGUCCUAACCCAGUGAGAACAGUUUCUCCAUUCGUGUUAGGACGCAAUUCGGGACUUUGUUCGGACCGGAAUUUCAUUAGAAUGAAUGAAAUUCAGAUCAGUAGAUAGCUCUGUCUACUUUAACUCUGUUAAAAAAUAAAAUUAAAAAAUCAACCCUAGUGUCCCCCCCUCCCGAGCCCCAACCCGUACCGUGCGAGUGGGGGCUAUUAAACUGAACGGGGGACCUAUUGCCCCCCCACCCCCCCGGGGGGCCCUAAAUGACAAUAAGGGGGACGGAUCUAUUGUUGUCCUCCCCUGACCCCACCCUGAGCGGCGGGUGGGGCCCCUAAAUGAAAAUGUGAGGGGGGGACCUAUUGCUCCUACCAUCACAUUUGCAAUACAAUAUAGGAUACUUGAAAUAUGGAAACCCAUAUAAUAUUUUUUUUCCUUUUUAAUGAUCUUAAAUUAUCUUUUUUUUUUUUUCUUUUUAUUAAUGCCAAAAUAAAUGAAAAAUGAACAGACAUCACAUUUUACACAUUAUCCAUCAAUAAAAUCCCUUUCCUUCAAUCCACUUGCAGUAACAGCCUUUAUAUUAUUCAUUAUCAUUAUAAGCAUUUAUACUAAAACAUUCGCAUGUUGCCUUAAUAAUACGUUAGUUUAGUAAAUACAUACCAUUCAACUCCUAGUUGUGCUGAUCAUAUUAUUAGCUUAUAAUGAACUAACUUACAGUUGUGAUGUACUACUUUAUUAAUCCGUUAUUAGUUUAUAGUUUCCUUAACUAAAUAUAGAGAUAAGAAUACCAAAAAGGAAAAGAAAAGAUAAACCCUGGUUGUUCUCCACGUUACCUAUUUACAAACCAGCAGUCUACUCUUUACUGGCCCUAACCACCUUGUAUAAAGCAUACUCCAGUCAGAAAUCUUACUUUACCUGGGUCUGUUUAACUAUAUUCCAAGGGGACUCUUCCCCUUUUAAGUCAUACCAAGCUUCUAGCUCACCCUUAUGUGUCGUGUUUUUAGCCCCAGCUACAGCCUCUGUCGGACCUCAUUUUCUCAUCACUUCCUUGUUUUAAAGCUAGAGCACCUGAUUAAUCAUCCAGCUGUGCCAUUCUUUUUUUUUAUAUUUGUCAAGGUAUCCAUUAACUUCACUCGCCAUCUUUUCAUAUGCGCUAAUCUUGUUCAGCUUGACGUGUAUUACUUCAUCUGAAGGAAUAGCUUCUUCUUCCAAUUACUUGCUAAAGCUAUUUUUGCUACCGUAAGAAUAUUUAAAAUCACUUUUCUAUGGGGAUGAAUAUUAAUUCCUGAAAUAAUGUGGAGUACAAAUUUCUCCGCAUGCAAGGGGAUAGCAAGCUUUGUCUUGUCGUAAAUCAAAUUCUGAAUUCGUUUCCAAAACUCUCUUAAAUAGGGACAGUCCCAAAAAAUAUGCAACAUAGAUCCUGCUUCUUUUUCGCACCUCCAGCAUAACCCUAAUAAAUCAGCAUACAUACGUGCUAAUCUUUGCGGUACCAAAUACCACCUCAUUGUCACCUUACAGUACGCCUCCCAUAAACUACGUGAGGCUUGCUUGGUGCUAAGCAUAGCUGAAUGCCAGUCUUUCCUAGAAAAUUGAUGCCCAAUUUCAUUCUCCCAUUGUAUCAUGUAUUUUAGUUUAUCUGAUGCAGCACUUUCCGUCAGCGCAUUAUAGCACCAGGAAAAAAGUUUUACAGAUUUGUGUGACAAAAUAAAUUCUGGCGUAGAUAAGGUAUUUACAUCAAUAUAUGGAUUGUCCAAAAUAUGUGCCUUUAUUAUAUUCUUAAUCCUUAAAUACACAAGCAGAUCUUUAGCUUCCAGAUCUAAUUCUUUUUGAAGAUCAGGAAAUAGCUUUACUUGUGGCCCAUUCAUUAAAUUGCCGAUUUGUCUUACCCCUUUCUCUUGCCAUCUCCUCAUCUGAAGGUCCAGAGAGAGGGCCGCUAAUGUCAUUAUUGGUGCAGCUCUAAACAUCAGAUUUCAGUGUAUUACAUAUGGACACCAUUCUUUCCAUAAUCUUAACAAGAGUUUUGUGCUUUGUAACAUAGAUUUUAAAGGAAACUGGGGAACCGAACAUGUCCAUAGAUAAUAUAUUAUGUUGUUUGCAUCUAAACAUGCAUUUUCAAGUGUUAACCAAAUUGGGGAUUGAGAAGUUUUCCUAAAUCUCAGUAAUCUGAUCCCUUCUGCUAGGAAGGAUGCCCUAUAAUAUGUUUUAAUGUCUGGCAUCCCUAGACCAACUUUUUACGUAUGAAAGACCUGAGCUCCCUCGUGCCACUCUUCAAUUUAUAUAUCAGGGUUUGUUGUAAUUUAAUAGGUAGCGCCUGUGUUUUAGUUACAUAAUUUUUAUAAUACGAUACCUGUCCAUACUCUAUUAGCAGCUUAGUCAAUGAUGGUAGGGAGAGCUCCGGAUCUUUAAUAAAGAGCAGAAUAUCGUCCGCAAACAGCGCCAUUUUUUUAUGAUCUUUGAAGGAACAGGUCAUCUAGUACUGAUAGUAAAUCUGUAGGUGUUGACCCUGCCCAUUUUUUAUUUAAUUAUUUUUAUGCACAACACAAAUGAAUCUUGAAAUCUGAAGUGUGAUAUGUUGGUAUAUUGUUCCUUGAUUAUACCCAUCAAUGUGUCACAGUGUGUUGAUUCAUUCAGUUUAACAGUAUAUCCUCGUGUUUCUAUGAGGCUACUGCACUAAACCUGUUUUCAUGGGAGAUUGUCUUAAGACACUUAUAACUACUCAACCAUUUUGUAACUACUUUUAAAAGCAAAAUGUAAACCUUUUCUUAAAUGACAGUCUUCAGAUAUUAGCAGCUGUAAUUCAUAAUUUAAUUUGUCUAUUCCAUUGUAUAGCCAUGUUUUAUUCUCAACCAAAUGAAGUUCUUCUAAUUUGAGUCAAAUAACAGUUUAUUAGGCUUCUGAAUAACCAUUUAGAGUUCAUGCUGUGCAGCACCUGUCAAUAUUUUUGAGUAAUUACAGAUUCUAUAAUGCAUGAGAGAUUUGUAUGCAUUCUGAAAUAAUCUUUUGUAUAUAUUUUGCAUUUCUUUUUUUAGUCGAAACUUAAAGAGAUUCAAAGUGCCUUUAUAUCCGUUCUAUCCGAUAAUGAUGGUGCGUAUACACUUUAACUUUUUUUUUUUUUUUUUUUAAAUCCUUCCACUUGCAAAAAAUGUUUAUUCAUUUACAAUUCCAGGGUCAAGAUUCCCUUGUGCUAUGUAUGAUUUGUGAAAGGAAGCAGGAACAGUGAAAAUUAGAUUUAAAAAAAAAUAAAGAGCCAUUUAACUAAUUAUCUAUGCUAGGUAUUAAGAAGCAGCUUUUAUAAUUACGUUUAUAUUUCAUUAGUCCAGGUAAGAGGUACUAAAUCUUUUUAAGCAUAUAUUUUUGAAUGUCCAGCAAUGGAAAAAAAUAAUAAUAAUCAUCUGUAAAGGUAGAUUAUCACCAUCAAGAGAUGAAUACAUUUUCCUUAAUCAAUCACUAAACACAAAGUUGAUUAUUCAUUGCUCUGCAAUCUGGCUGGAUUUUGGAAUUGAUGGUCUUCUGCAGUCGGUAGUGGCCAUUCCUCAAGAACACACGAAUGGUCCAAGAUUUGAUAUUUACCCAGUUCUCAUCCACAUGAAUUACUGGUAAAACCUGGAUCAGUGGUGACAUUUGAAGACGGGAUUGGACAUUAGCCUUUUUACUUAUGUAUGGCAAACAUUCCAUCAUAAAGAAUCAACAACCGCUGAAAUCCUAAAGAUGGACAAUUCUUCUUAAGACAGUUACUGUGAACUAGGAAUUGCAAAUACUUUACAAAUAUUUGACCAGAUCAGUGGAAUUAGUUAGAGGGGAAUUCCAAGUUUGCCAUUCUUCCAGCAUAAAAUGCAUUAUUUUUGUGGAUUCUUACAAUUCCCAGUUUAGUGGGUAAAGCUUAAAAUAUAUAUUUUUCCUAGUUUCAGGUCAUCUUGACUCAUCUUUUUGUCCUCCUUUUUAGAGUGUUUUUUGGUCGGUAUGUAGAUUAUAUUUUUAUUUUUAUUUUUUUAUGGCCAUUGGUCUGGUUUUCCUAUAUUAAUUCUGUCACUGCUAGGAUUUUUGGCACAUGAAGUUUGUAUGAAACAAGUAUACUACACCUUUAUGAGUUUGUGAAGCUGCUUAGAUGUGGGGAUGUUAAUGUGCCUGCCAUUACGCCAUUAAUGUCUCAGUCCAUUUAUCAGCCUAACUCCUUUGAGUCCAUCAAUAACUUGUCUGUGACGAUCCUCAAAGCAGUACAAAGUCGCAUUGCUUAUUACACACAAUCUAUUACAGAACUUAGCCAAGAUGUUGCAUCGAAAGGUCUUGGGUUGGUAUAUGAACUGGGCAAUGAACAGGACCAACAGGAGCUGGUGUCUGUUCUUGUGGACACACUCAUGACUGGGAAAAGGUACUGUCAAUGUUCAUUUUGUGUGUGCUAUUGCCUUUAUGUAUCAGCACAGCAUCUAGAACAGGCAUAGGCAACCUUUGGCACUCCAGAUGUUUUGGACUACACCUCCCAUGAUGCUUUGCCAGCACUAUGGAUGUAAGAGCAUUAUGGGGGAUGUAGUCCAUAACAUCUGGAGUGCCGAAGGUUGCCUACCCCGAUCUAGAAGCUAUUAAGUGAUGCACAAUGUUACCAUUUAUUAUAUCGUUGGAUUUGUUCUUGUAAUUUACGUUGUAGACAGAGACCAUCUCAAUAAUGCAUAUUAUUUAAAGUUACAAUUUGAGUACCGCUUAUAAUAAUAUUACUGUUAUACUUUGAUUAUAUUAUAGUGUAGUUUAAUUUCAUGUAAUGAGUUGCAUAUCCUGUUAGAUUGUUAGCUAUUGUAUUGGUACAUUCAUACAAUAGAAUUACUCCUGACUAAAGUUUCAAAAGACGUUGUUUCUACUACAAGAAUUAAUUAUGCAAAGAAAAUUAAUGAGAUUGGGUAAAUGCAUCUGUUUUAUAAUUACUAACUGGUAAAUCUUUUUAAGCAAAUCUUUUUUUAAAGUCAGCUUUCUGUAUUUAAAUUUGCCAUUUUUUUUUUUUUUUUAACAUCAGAAGUUUAUCGUCCGUCACGAGAAAUAAUACAUGAUUUUUUAAAAAAUUUGUUUUGAUGCAUUGGACACAUUACGUCUCAUGCUUUUAUUUUCAUGGCAUCACCAAGCUGUCAUGUUUGUGCAGUGAUGUCACUAGUGACAUCAAGAUGCAUUGGCUCAGAGAAUAGUGGAGAAUCUAAUUCAAAAUGGGAUAUAUCUAGUGAUUGGUUGGACAGUAGCUGCCUUCUAGUGAUCUCUUGUUUAAGCAGAAGGCUGACUAUUUCAACACCUGUCUGUAUGUCUGUCUGCCGAUCUAUCAUGAAUUCCAUUUUUUUUAAUUGUGUUAUCACAUUUGCAAAUAAAUGUGGAGUAGCCCCCAUGUCAAUGGGAUUGUGAGAUACAUUGUUUUUGUAGUGAGGGUUCGUUUUUCUAAUUUUAUUUAUUUUUAAUGUUUUGACUAUCUAAUUACUGCUGAUGAAUGAAAACCUAAAAGUCCAUUUUUAAAAAAAAUUUUUUUUUUCCUCUCCAGAGCCAAGCAUGAGGUUUCUGGAGACACAGAGUUGUUUCAAGGCACAUCUCUUGGAAAGACCCCGGAUGGGUAGGUCAAAGCUCUGUAGUAAAACAUGAUUGAUACAUUUAGUAAGAAAAAUGCAAUGUAGUCUGAUACCCAUUAAACGCUAUUUUUGGCGUUGUUACUUACAGGGCUGUGCAAGGAAUUUUGGCUACAUAGGCAAAGAUGCAACCCCCCCCACCCCCUUCCAAUUGCGUCUUCACCUGUGUGUCUUGUAACCUCUGUUUUGAAUUUCUUGCUCUCUUUAGCGUAUUUUAGCCCUCCUUUACAAUGUCUUACACCCUCUUGUGUGUCUAUUACAACUCCCCUUGUGUGUCUAUUACUUUCCCCAGCCCCUUUGUGUGUCUCUUUCUCCUCCUCAGCCCCUUUGUGUGUCUCUUUCUCCUCCUCGGCCCCUUUGUGUCUCUUUCUCCUCCCCAGUGCCCUUUGUGUGUCUUCUUUCCUCAUGCCUAAUAGACAUAGAUAUAUAGCAACACGCAACCAUACAAUCAAACAAAUACAGGCACACAGUCAUACCAAUCUACACAUACAAGUACGUCAUACAAACACAGACACACACACACACAGAUAUUCAGACACUGUCAUACAGAGACAUUCAGAUACUGUCCUACAGCUGAGGAAGUAGACACCUGCUAUAGAGUGGGGCAGGGACUGAGAGGGGGACAAAGGCGGGGGGGCGGCAGGAGUUGAAAGGGGGCCACAGGAGCUGGCACAUGGGCUGUAAAGGACGGUGGGGGCUUAGGUGUGUAUAGGAGUGCACAGGAGUAGUGGUGGGGCUGCUUAAACCCGUAAGGACCAAAUUUCUGGAAUAAAAGGGAAUCAUGACAUGUCACACAUGUCACGUGUCCUUUAGGGGGUUACAUUUUUUUUUUUUUUUUGUAUUACAAUUCCCCACCACCCCCCUUCCAUGAAGCUUACCUUGGGUCAGGGAAGGGGGAACAGGACCUGGAGCCUGCUUCAAUAUGCAGCCAGUGAAGUCGGCCGGCCUCUCCUGAUGAUGUGAGGAAGAGGUGUGUGACUUACACUGCUCUUCUCCCAGAGUCCCCAGCAGUCUGGGAGAAGAGCAGUGGACGUCACGCCUCCUCCUCCUGACAUCAUCAGGUAGGGGACGGCCAACUUCACUGGCUGCAGAGAGACAGGUGAGUUGAAAAAUCAGAGUCCAAAGCCAGAGGCAGGGGAUUUGGAUUUUUGCGCCCCCCUGCUCUGGCGCCCUAAGGUGGCUGCUUGUGCCGCAUUAUGGACGCACCGGCCCUGGUUACUUAUGAUAGAACAAUGUCUUACCUUGGCAUAACAGAAAUCUAGCAAACUACAAGCUUUAAGGCUGACAUUAUGUGAAAAAUAGAAAAGAUAAUGGAUACCGCACUCUCCAGGCUUCCAGGGUACUCAGGACCUGAGGAUGACCAGGUCUUAUUUCCAGAUAUAGAAAAUAAAUAUUGAUCCAGGCAUUGAUCCUGGAAAAGACGUUGCUGUUGUUUUGCUCUAAAAAAGGCUGCUAUUUUGGAUUUUCUCCUUGAGUGCCUGGAUCAAUAUUUAUUUUCUAUAUUAUAUGAAAAAUAGUUUGCCAACAUCUACAGGAUCAAGGUUAGUCUGGAUAUACAAAUAGAUGCAGGGCUAUCAUUAGAACUAUUUGGGUCCCUUGAAGCCCCAUUGGUCAAGCUCCUCCCAGACACACAUGGCUGAAGACGUACAUAGAGGUAAAAACUUAACACACACAUACACACCACCAAACACAAGCAAAGAUAAGGAUUGACAGGCACACACGGAGACAUGCCCCCAUGAUAUAUACUAUACACAUAUACUUACACACACAUUCUGAUGCACAGUGCCACACUACAAUACACAAACACACACUUAUGCAGCACAGAAACUUUAGGACUGAAUUUUCAUUUAUAUUGAGUGGUGACAAGUCAGAACUGAAGUUCAAAAAGAUAUAAUAAAUAACGAGUUAUCUUUUCAUGUUUUCCAAAGACAGGGGUUGUCUACAUACAAAGAGCUGUGUGCAUUAGCCAGUGACCUCAGUCAGCCUGACCUUGUAUACAAGUUCAUGAACCUGGCAAAUCAUCAUGCAAUGUGGACAUCACGAAAGGUAACGUUCUUACAGUGACUAUGAUUGGGGUGAGGGCAAGGUUUUUCAGCAUUAGAGAUCUGUUCUUGCUUCACUAAAACAGACAGCACAGAGUUUCUUGAAAUAUUAAUUUUGGGAUCCUCUGAGCUUUUUGUGAUAAUUGCCAUGUUGUUUAGUGCUUUAAACUGUCUGGUGUGCUCAUUGUGAAUGUCUGUUAAUUCUCAAUUACUAGGGUGCAGCUUUUGGUUUUAAUGUGAUUGCUACCAAGGCCGGAGAGCAGCUCGCUCCAUUUCUACCCCAGCUAGUUCCGCGUCUCUAUCGUUACCAGUUUGACCCAAACACUGGAAUUCGCCAGGCUAUGACCAGCAUUUGGAAUGCAUUGGUCACUGACAAGACACUUGUAAGUACCUAUGGAGUUAUAAAGAAUGUGUUUCAGAUUUUCAGUGUUACUUACUUUCAAACUGCUCAACUAAGGGCAAUUGAAAAUAUCACAGUUGUAUUUAAUUUUGACCUCUUUAUUCUUUGGAUUUGGCCAUACCCAUAAAUAACGCACAUUAAUCUAAUUUGACAAGAUGUACUAAUAUAUCCCUGAUCCUUUUUUUUUUUUUUUUUUUGUAUUCUAGUCUAUGCAAAGACAUUUUAUUUACCAACAAUACAUUAAAUGCAGAUUAUAGUUUCGAUGAAAGCACAUACACUUUUAAUGGUGUAAAACACUUCCAUUGGAUCUCUGGUUUCAUACAUUUCUCUGAUUUCAUUUUUAUGGACCAAAAAGACAUUUAAAAAUCUGUUGAAGUUGCCAUUUUCUCUCAAUUACCAAAUACUAUUUCCUUUACAGUAAUAAAAAUUUUCCAUGUCACUACACAAACCUCAAACGACUUUAUUUUUAAUACACCAGGUAGAUAAAUAUUUACCGGAGAUUCUUCAAGACCUGAUCAAUAAUAUGACAAGCAAUCUUUGGAGGAUCCGUGAGUCAAGGUAAAUAAAGCAGUCGUGUCACAUAAGUAAAUUGUCUGGAGGAGACCCUGUGUGCGCUCAACUCCAAAGUAAAGCAUACAUUGAAUUAAAUUGAAAUUUUCAAACAUGUAUUGCCUGUCAAGUUACUCAAAGCCUAGAUUUUAUUAGAAACCACAAGAGUCUAGCACAGGCAUAGGCAACCUUUGGAACUGCAGAUGUCUUGGACUACACCUCCCAUGAUGCUUUGUCAGCAUUAUGGGUGUAGGAGCAUUAUGGGGGAUCUAGUCCACAGCAUCUGGUUGCCUAUCCCUGGUCUAGCAGAGAAGUGAUUGUUAAUUUGACCAUUUUCCUUUCAGCUGUUUAGCUCUUAAUGACCUGCUCCGUGGCCGCCAACUGGAUGAUGUCGUUGAAACCCUUCCUGAGAUAUGGGAGACCUUAUUCAGAGUCCAGGAUGAUAUAAAGGUAAAACAUGGCAAUUCUGACAUCCAAACCUGAGAAUUUAAAGUUAAUCUUAUUUCUUUCUAUAAUUAGUUCGGGUUUCCAAAGAAAAUAAUUUCUGAAGUAUCUUCAACCAUUUUUAGUUGGGAUCUAAAUUAUUGGGUCCUCCAUAGUUGCAUUCUCACUUAAUUUCAAAUUAAAAUUAAGGAACACAUGUAGCAGUUAAAAUUGUGAUCCCUUUGCCAUCAUUAUUUUUUUACACAUAUUUUCAGUCUUGAGAUUUACAAACACUAUGAAUACAUUGAGCAGAUGGGCUUUUUUUGUUUUGUAGUGCAGUGAAAAUUGCAUAAGUAGUAAUUGACAUAUGGUAUACAUGUGAACAGUAAGAGCAGAUACAGAAGUACAACAUGCAAUGUCAAGAGAGGCUGCACUAUUUUUUAAAAUAUUUUUUUACACAAGAUUAAUCAGUGUGUCAAGUCGAUGAACCGAGUCAUAACAAAAUUUUUUAAAAAAAGUAACAAAGACGACAUAAGACAAAUCAGGCUGUGUCAAGUGACUGUUUGCUUAGUAACAAUAACCACUGGGCAAUGCAGCUGGGCUGGAUUUUGUUUUGUGUCAUACCAAGCUUUAUAUGAAACCCCUGCAUAUACCUGCAGAUUCCGGAUUCUUAGGCCAUGAAAAGGGUGCCGUUUUCCAGUAGUACAUUUGUAUUAAUUGUUUUUAAUAUUUGCCUCUUAUAAACAGGAAUCUGUCCGGAAAGCCGCAGAAUUGGCCCUGAAAACAUUAAGCAAGGUAUAUACUCUGUGUUCACAUUCUUUCCGCUUUCAAGUUAUUAUUUUUUUUAUUUUUUUUUUUUUUAUUUAUUUCUACAAAAAUCCCACAUCCAACAUAGAACUUUCCUAGAUGCUCUCUUAAUGUUAACCUUUUUAUUGCCAUGAUAGGGUAUCUAUAAUAAGAGAAACUACCCUUACAGAAAUUUAGAGUUUCACUGGCAAAUAGAAAUAUGAAAAACUGACAGCCUAACAUACUUAAACGAAUGUUCCACUCCAUAAUAACUUCAGAGCACUGAAAUUAUUGGAUCAAGAGUGUCCGGGCAUUGUCUUACCUUGACAGGAGGAAGGAAGCAGGGGGCCGCAAUGUUGGGCUUUGUAGCCCCAGUUUUAAACAGUUUAAAGCCUAAAGAUAAGGCAACACCUUGACACUCAUGCCCCCCAUAAAUUAUAAUGGGGAGGAGUGUUCUUUUAAACUGAGGCUUCUUUACUCACCAUAGUCAUCUCCUCAUGGAGAGGGUUCAAGUCGGUAGAAGGGAGUUGUAUUUGUGCUGUAUACUGGAUUUUCCGGGAGACAAGUCUGAACUCCGGGCCUACAAAAUUAGUGACAUGGGUAGCAUAAAAUCUUGGCUUUAAAAAUGUGGCUUCGGGGGCAGAGCCUGACAGCCAUUUUGAUGAGACGCCAUUUUAAUCCGAUCUCCGAUAGCCCGGCAAAAUCGGAGGAAUAUCACCGUUCUCAGUGCCCAUCCGACCAUGAAAAGCAUCUACCUGGCUCCACAAAGGCGAGCCGAACUGAUUGAUGCCUUUCUUCCAGGCUGCCAAGCAACCCAGGCAGCGGUGCUAAUCUGCAGCCUAACGCGCAACGCCACUCCUGAGCCUCGAGGCGCUUCUAUGCAGAUCGGGAGAGGGUUGCAGCUACCCUACCUAUUCCCCGCCUAACACGACCGUCUGCACACCUACAAGCUAGGGACAUUGGGGGAAAUGUGGCUACAAUUAGCACAGCCCGAGCACACAGACCACCCACCAAACAUGGCCUCCACUCCAGAAUCAGACAGAGGGGCACCCCCAAACACGCAGACUCCCCAGGCUGAAUGUACCACCACCCCAGUAUCCGCAGAAUGCUCAUCCACCACCACUAAAGGGGAUCUACUCCUGCUGGAUAUACAGAAGCUACUAGCUGCUGAUGUAGCCCUGGUCAAAAGGGAUAUACAACCGAGUUACAACCACAGAAAACGACAUUGCAAACGUCCACACUACUGUGACCACCUUGCAGGACUCAGUCCAACAACUACAUGCAGAACAACAAGUACUGGUGGCCCAAAUGUCUCUUGAAGACCAGCAACGCUGCAUCAAAAUCCAUGGAGUACCCAACACAGUCACUACUAAAGAGCUGCCGCAUUACAUUCAGUGCCUCCUGUCUUCCAUACUGUCACAACCGGUCGCAAAGAAAAUCACCAUGGAUGGGAUAUACCGUGUGACAAGCUCUGUCCACAUCUCACCCAACACUUCCCAGGAUGUCAUACUACACUGUGUAACAAUACAGGGACUGAGACACCCAGAGGUGUGAUCUGCCAUGUGAAGACCAAGAAUACACUAACCACAAUGUUCUUUUAUAUACACCUUUUUUUUUUUUCUUUUUUUUUUUUAUAUGUUCUUACAUUUGUUAUUUGCGUUUAUACAAGACAUUUAUCAAACACACAAGGGGACUCCCAUACCCCCCAAAACAAGAGUCAUAUGGGCUAAAGCAUGUAAGGCUUAUCAAAAGCUGGCCCUCCUCCAACACAGAAACCUGAACCCCCAGGCUCCCUAGAGACAAGUGGCGUCUUACUAACUUAAUCCGCCCCCUCAUCCCCAGGGAUAGGGGUCACAACUAGAAAGCCAGACCAUUACUCCUGUACUUUGAAAACGUGCCAACCAAUAAACACACAGCCUAGUCCAGUGCAAUACACACUGCACCCUUCUGACACACAACAGCUGGCUUUCACCAAGCACGCAUUCCCUGACAUGUCACGUCACACACACAUGUUCAAGUAUGCCCCCACACCUUCUCGAAGACAAGCAUGCCUAAUGACCCAAACCCGGAGUAUCCCAGGAGCACCGCAAACGCUAAUUGUUAAACCUGUUCAACUCAAGUUUGCCCUGGGUCUGUCUCUGAACCUAGUUAUACCAAAAAAGUUCUACAAAAUUGCUAACCUUGUAUGCCUGUCACCAUGAGAAAUAUUAGAUUUCCUUGAAACAUUUGCUGUAUCGUAACCGUUAAACCAAGCAUGACAAAAUAAAGGAUUUAAAAUAAAAACAAUUGUGGCUUCAUGCUAACUGCUGUGAAAGAUGAAAAAGAAAGACUUGACUUUUGAUGACUAUUUAUACAAAUGUAACGGUUUUGUUUUCCCCUCUGUAUUUUCUGUUUUGUAGCAAGCCAUUAGCUAAUACUGCCAUGGCGUUACAGGUUAAUACUUUAUAUUGGUUGUACUUUCGUUUUUAGAUAAAUCUGUAUUUGCAGAUAUUACACUGCAUAUUCUAAAGUGUUAUUUUUCAGUGUCUGGAAACAUCUUCCCUAUGUGCAAAAUAAGUAGAAGUAUUAAAGCUAUAAAUAUUCACUUUUUUAAAGGUGUGCAUUAGGAUGUGUGAGCCCAGCAGGGGAUCGGCGGGCCAAAAAAUAAUUGCUGUCCUUUUGCCAUGUCUCCUCGAUAAAGGAAUGAUGAGUUCGGUAACAGAAGUUAGGGCACUGAGGUAAGUGAUUUUCUAGAAUUAUUAUUAUUUUUUUUUUAAUAUAAUUUAUUUUAAGUGUGGGGAGCUUAAUACAAAAUCAAUUGACUGUGCCAACAGUCUUAGAAAAUAGGAGGUGAAAGGGAAGCUAUUUUACUCUACAGCAGUGCUUCCCAAACCUUUUAGGUUCAAGGCGCCCUUAAUAUUUUAGUAUUUUUCCAAGGCUCCCCAAGUCAAAAUUUCUAGGUUGCGUAUCUGUACAGCGCUGCGGCAUUUACUGUCGUUAUAGUGUAAUGUACAGUGUUGGUGUUUGAAGGGGUGCUUGUGUAAAUUUAUUGUGUUUUAAUACAGGGGUUUGUUUGUGUGUAAUGUUUGAUUGUAGGGGUGUGUCUGAAUGCAAUGUUCACUUUUAAAUGCAGAUGUACAUUUGUGUGAAGUAUUUGUGUUUGAGUGAAGGGGUGUGUUUAAAUGUUGUGCUGGUGUUUGACUGCUUACACAGAUAUUCAUUCACAUUAACACACAGAUGCAUAUAAAUACACCGACACAUACACACAAAUUCAUAUAGACACCGACACAUACACACACCUUGAUACACACAUGCACCCUAACACGCCAACAUUCAUACAUGCCCACACCAUGACACAGAUACACACUGCCAUAAAAACACCUACCCUGACUCACAGAUGCACAUACACAGAUGUGUGCGACCAGACAGACACAGAAGCACACUUAUCUCUCUCUCUCUCUAUAUAUAUAUAUAUAUAUAUAUAUAUAUAUAUAUAUAUAUAUAUAUAUAUAUAUAUAUAUAUAUAUAUAUAUAUAUAUAUUUUGUGUGUGUGUGUGUAUAUAUAUAUAUAUAUAUAUAUAUACACACACACACACACUCAGAUACAAGUGAAUAAAAAAAAAAUAUAUAUAUAUAUAUAUAUAUAUAUAUAUAUAUAUAUAUAUAUAUAUAUAAAUAUAUAUCUAUAUCUCCAGCCACCCUCCUGUUUGCUUACCUUAUUUGCCAGGAGGGUGGCUUGGAGUCAUGCUGCUGUAGGAAUGAGGAGUCUGGAGCUCUUCAUGCUCCCCUCCCAUCAUGGUGCGGCUGCCUCCACUCUCUCGCAUGCUGUCUCCCUGCAGCUAUAAUCCUAGCACCGGGGGAAAUAUUCCGCUGCACUCCUGUGUGCACACAGUUUGUGAACCGCUGCUGUACAGAUUUCAAAUGUUAAAUCCAAUACAUUAAUCAUUCUUUUGUUACAGAUAUAUUUUUAGCAAAAUAUGCCUAGCUUUUCUUAUCUGUAUCUAAGCCCAGCUCCUCUGUAAUCUUUUUGAAAUACACAACACUUGUGGUGGUAUGUCAGAGCAAUUCAGCAUACAUUUCUCCAUGAGAUUAAAAUAUUUUUUUCUGAAUACCAUGACACUUUCUAUAGCUUACAAUUUUUUUUUUUUUUAAAUUAAAUACAAGUUAUUUUCACCAGUAUGUUUGCACAGUGUUAAACUGCAUUAUUUCACGUCUCCCUCUCCUCUGUUCAGCAUCAACACACUCGUUAAAAUUAGCAAAAGUGCCGGCGAGCUGUUGAAGCCUCAUACUCCAAAACUCAUCCCAGCUUUGCUAGAGGCCUUGAGUGUUCUGGAACCUCAAGUUCUCAACUAUUUGAGUCUGAGAGCUACAGAUCAAGAGAAGGUGAGUUAAGAAAGGGGGGAAAAAAUGCAAAUCUACCUUUCUCACCGACAAUCAGAAAAAUACUUGUUUCUACAGUUUCAUACAAUCCUUGCUAUCCUCUGCAAAUUGACUCUCCCACAUGUAACUUUGAUGGGCAGUUUGAAUGUAUCAAAAAUGAACAUGUUGCCCAGAAAUGUAUGAAUCUCCAGUCAUUAGUAGUACAGAUUCCCGGUCUUUCUUUGAUUUACUUACAUAUGUCGUUCUACAUAAAGUUUAGGGCUUAUCACAUUUAUGCUGUUUCUUCCUGGUCAAACAUAAGCUGCAACAUGGAAUGCUAUCCCUCCACAACAAGAUUUAUUAUUCUGUUAAUAUGAUUGUGAUAGUGGUUGACUUGACAUUUAACUCCCUUAAAAAAUAUUGGUGUCCUUGUUGCAAUCCACACUUUCAAUACCUUUUCCAACACUGCCAUAGAUUAGAUUUUCUAAUAUCCGUACCAUACUAGUCUACUGACCCUAAAAUCUUGAGCCUUUCUACUUGCCCUUCCCCGUUUCUAAUAACGCAGUCGCCAUCCUCUCUCUAUCAGACCACAUUCUAAUGUUUCUUAGAACAGAAAUAACCCACUCAGGUUACCUGAUGUCCAAAGCAAACUUGUGGAGAGGUCAGGGACUCUUUGGGAGUGAUUCUUGCAAUUCCAUUUAAAAUCUACACCUUGAGAUGGAUUGACCUGGUCUCCACUUUACUGAGAAUCUUCUCUUCCUGACAUGGAUGAAAUAACUAUUGGUCGCCAUUGUAUUUCUAGUUCUUUUUGCUUGGAUGUUUAAGUUUCACAGUAUAAUGCUGUUAUAGCGAUUUGCAUACUCUUUAUUUUGGUUACAUGCUGCCUGUUUUAUCAAUUUAUAUUUGUGCAGGCUGCAAUGGACAGUGCGAGACUGAGUGCUGCAAAAUCAUCACCAAUGAUGGAAACCAUAAAUAUGGUAAGAAACCCCACUUCUUCUUUUUUUUUCUUUUUUUUUUUGUGUGGCAAAAGUCCAUCAUAUCAUGUCUGCACAAUAUCUUGCAAGAGAUGAAUUCUAGACUAGACUUGGUACCUUGAUCUGACAUGCUGUUACUCAGUGCUUUGUUCUAAUUGGUUAAAGGAACUCCCUCUUCCCUUUGCAGCAAAAAGGUGAUUUUACUCACACUUUGUCCCUCACCAUGCUUGCUCUGGCUGCCUCGCCCUACAUGGAAACCAUUGGGAGGCUACACCCCAUGCGCGGCAAGACGCACUGCGUCAAUUAGUAUCUCCUCAUAGCGAUUCAUUGAAUCCGUGCAUCUCUAUGAGUAAUAUUUAGUGUCUCCAUGCACAACAUGGAGAUGCUGAAUGCCAUUGCUGCACACUGCAACUCUGGAGGCCAUCAGAGUUACUGUCACUAGAGGUGUUACUAGGCAGUGUAAGGCACAGUGAAAAGGCCUGUCCAACCUGCGGCCCCCCAGAUGUUGCUGAACUACAGCUCCCAUGAAUCUUUCAAUGAAACAGAUAGCCAGGGAACCAUGGGCGUUGUAGUUAAGCAACAUCCUGGGGGGGCGCAGGUUGGACCGCACUGCACUACAGGGACAGGCUAUAGACCCCAAAACGACUGUUAAGCUGUAGUGGUUCUAGUGACUAUCUGUUGUGGUCGUGACCUAAAUAUGAAUAUUAAUCUCUUAAUACAUAAUAAUGAAGCAAUACGGAACAACAUUAAUAUUUUUAUAAUUCAUGGUAUUAUGGUCGAAUAUGUGGAUAGAAAAUACACAAAACGUUGUAAUAUUAAAUGUAUAUUUUAUAUAACUAUAAUAAAUAAACAGAUGCUAGUGGAAUGUCAAUUUACCACAAUAAUUAUACAAUACAAAACUAAAUGUUACACAAAAGGCUAUAACAGUUGCUAAAUGUUACAAUGGAUUCAUAUUACUUACAAGGCCCCAGCCCUUUGGCUGGGGUUAAGUCAGAGCUGGUACUACAUCUUAGGUUCAGUCAGUUACAGGCAAAGAGACAGAGUUUUCUCCUCCAUCUGGUUUUAUUCAGUGUAAGCAGGCUGGCCUGUGAUGUCACUGCCAGAAGCACAUGUCUUUCUACACACUGCCCCUAGUGAUGCCCCCAAAGCAUUACACUAAAUAUGCUUUCUUUAUGAUGUAAAGUCAUUAAUUAAUAAAUACCAUUACACUAUCGUGUCCCUUUAAUUCUAUAUCACUGUUCUAGUUCUGGGAGACCAGCAGCACAAUAUUUAAAAGAAAGAUUUUAUUCCCCUAGACUGAAUGAAUGACAAUCACCUGUUUGUACUGGCUGUAUUCCAUAGUAGCAGAGUCUUUACAUUACAAGAUAAUUCACUCUACUCCAAACCAUAUUGAAUUAAUUCUGAACUACAAAACUGAGGAUAAAAUAGCUGACCUGGAAAAAAUAUUUUAGGCUCCAUUUUACAUUUUAGGUUUAAUUUGUUAAAGUUUGGAGUUUAGUGAAUACCUUGAUUGGUGUUUGUGUCCAGGAAAUAAAUGUGAAAACGUGUGCAGCUGCUUUACACAUCAAUGGGUUUGUUGUUUGUGUUUUCAGUGCAUACAGCAUCUGGAUGUCCCCGUCCUGGCAGAGCUUAUUCCAAGGCUGUGCGACUUGAUCAAAAGUGGGCUUGGUUUGGGAACUAAGGUAUUAAUGCUAUACUUAUUGGGUACUAAGGUAUCAAUGCUAUACUUAUUGGGUACUAAGGUAUUAAUGCUAUACUUAUUGGGUACUAAGGUAUCAAUGCUAUACUUAUUGGGUACUAAGGUAUUAAUGCUAUACAUAUUGGGUACUAAGGUAUCAAUGCUAUACAUAUUGGGUACUAAGGUGUUACUGCUAUACAUAUUGGGUACUAAGGUGUUAAUGCUAUACUUAUUGGGUACUAAGGUAUUAAUGCUAUACAUAUUGGGUACUAAGGUGUUAAUGCUAUACUUAUUGGAUACUAAGGUAUCAAUGCUAUACACAUUGGGUACUAAGGUAUCAAUGCUAUACACAUUGGGUACUAAGGUAUCAAUGCUAUACACAUUGGGUACUAAGGCAUUAAUGCUAUACUUAUUGGGUACUAAUGUAUUAAUGCUAUACAUAUUGGGUACGAAGGUAUUAAUGCUAUACUUAUUGGGUACUAAUGUAUUAAUGCUAUACAUAUUGGGUACGAAGGUGUUAAUGCUAUACAUAUUGGGUACUAAUGUAUUAAUGCUAUACAUAUUGGGUACUAAGGUAUCAAUGCUAUACACAUUGGGUACUAAGGUGUUAAUGCUAUACAUAUUGGGUACUAAGGUAUCAAUGCUAUACAUAUUGGGUACUAAGGUAUCAAUGCUAUACACAUUGGGUACUAAGGUAUUAAUGCUAUACAUAUUGGGUACUAAGGUGUUAAUGCUAUACAUAUUGGGUACUAAUGUAUUAAUGCUAUACAUAUUGGGUACUAAGGUAUCAAUGCUAUACACAUUGGGUACUAAGGUGUUAAUGCUAUACACAUUGGGUACUAAGGUAUCAAUGCUAUACACAUUGGGUACUAAGGUAUCAAUGCUAUACACAUUGGGUACUAAGGUAUCAAUGCUAUACACAUUGGGUACUAAGGUAUCAAUGCUAUACACAUUGGGUACUAAGGUAUCAAUGCUAUACACAUUGGGUACUAAGGUAUUAAUGCUAUACAUAUUGGGUACUAAGGUAUUAAUGCUAUACUUAUUGGGUACUAAGGCAUUAAUGCUAUACUUAUUGGGUACUAAGGUGUUAAUGCUAUACACAUUGGGUACUAAGGUGUUAAUGCUAUACACAUUGGGUACUAAGGUAUCAAUGCUAUACACAUUGGGUACUAAGGUAUCAAUGCUAUACACAUUGGGUACUAAGGUAUCAAUGCUAUACACAUUGGGUACUAAGGUAUUAAUGCUAUACAUAUUGGGUACUAAGGUAUUAAUGCUAUACUUAUUGGGUACUAAGGUAUUAAUGCUAUACUUAUUGGGUACUAAGGUAUUAAUGCUAUACUUAUUGGGUACUAAGGUGUUAAUGCUAUACAUAUUGGGUACUAAGGUAUUAAUGCUAUACGUAUUGGGUACUAAGGUAUUAAUGCUAUACGUAUUGGGUACUAAGGUAUUAAUGCUAUACGUAUUGGGUACUAAGAUGUUAAUGCUAUACGUAUUGGGUACUAAGGUAUCAAUGCUAUACUUAUUGGGUACUAAGGUGUUAAUGCUAUACUUAUUGGGUACUAAGGUGUUAAUUCUAUACAUAUUGGGUACUAAGGUAUUAAUGCUAUACGUAUUGGGUACUAAGGUGUUAAUGCUAUACAUAUUGGGUACUAAGGUGUUAAUGCUAUACAUAUUGGGUACUAAGGUGUUAAUGCUAUACAUAUUGGGUACUAAGGUGUUAAUGCUAUACAUAUUGGGUACUAAGGUAUUAAUGCUAUACUUAUUGGGUACUAAGGUAUUAAUGCUAUACUUAUUGGGUACUAAGGUAUUAAUGCUAUACUUAUUGGGUACUAAGGUGUUAAUGCUAUACAUAUUGGGUACUAAGGUAUUAAUGCUAUACGUAUUGGGUACUAAGGUGUUAAUGCUAUACAUAUUGGGUACUAAGGUAUUAAUGCUAUACAUAUUGGGUACUAAGGUAUUAAUGCUAUACGUAUUGGGUACUAAGGUGUUAAUGCUAUACAUAUUGGGUACUAAGGUGUUAAUGCUAUACAUAUUGGGUACUAAGGUGUUAAUGCUAUACAUAUUGGGUACUAAGGUGUUAAUGCUAUACUUAUUGGGUACUAAGGUGUUAAUGCUAUACAUAUUGGGUACUAAGGUGUUAAUGCUAUACUUAUUGGGUACUAAGGUGUUAAUGCUAUACAUAUUGGGUACUAAGGUGUUAAUGCUAUACUUAUUGGGUACUAAGGUAUUAAUGCUAUACUUAUUGGGUACUAAGGUGUUAAUGCUAUACUUAUUGGGUACUAAGGUGUUAAUGCUAUACUUAUUGGGUACUAAGGUGUUAAUGCUAUACUUAUUGGGUACUAAGGUAUUAAUGCUAUACUUAUUGGGUACUAAGGUAUUAAUGCUAUACUUAUUGGGUACUAAGGUAUUAAUGCUAUACUUAUUGGGUACUAAGGUAUUAAUGCUAUACGUAUUGGGUACUAAGGUGUUAAUGCUAUACUUAUUGGGUACUAAGGUAUUAAUGCUAUACGUAUUGGGUACUAAGGUGUUAAUGCUAUACUUAUUGGGUACUAAGGUAUUAAUGCUAUACUUAUUGGGUACUAAGCUAUUAAUGCUAUACGUAUGACAUUUUGCUGGGUAGCAUUUAGACUUCUUUUAUUUUACUAAUCAUGUAUUGGUUUAAACUAGUUCUGCAUUCUGACAUCAUAUGACACCUUCUCAAUAAUUUGUGUCUCCUGGAAGACAGGCUUAAAAGGCAGUAAAAAAAGAAGAAAAAAAGUUUGACUUUAGUUUUUAGUUUUUUCCCCACCUUUCAUUUCCCUGUAGAGGAAGAACAAGGUGUAUUACAGAUCCCAUGCACUGUGGAUAAUUGUGCUUACCUGAUUUUGAAUGAUCCACUCCUUCCCACUUGCAUGUGCUGGAUGUUGAUGAUCUAAGUUUCAGUAUUGGAUUGUCACUAUAAUAUGUUAGUUUUUUAUUUAUUUUCUAUGUAACUAAUUGGAUCCAUUACUUUUUCCUUCCUGGUUUAUGUUAAAGGGUGGCUGUGCUAGUGUCGUUGUAUCCCUCACAACUCAGUGUCCACAGGACUUGAUGCCUUACUCUGGUACGUUCUAAUUCUGCUGAAAUUGUACCGUUUGUUUGUAUGGAUGUGGUAUGUGGUUGUAUACACUCAGAUUAAUGACAAAACCAUGGCAGCUGUGUUUGCCUUACUUUAAUUGGAUUGAUAGGAUUGUUUGUGUUCAAUGAAUAAAAAAGCAAACCUUACUGGUCACUGGUAAUCUUAAAUAAUUAUUUUAUAUAAUUGUGCAGUUCACCAUUUGAUGCUCCUUUUAUAAAGAGCAGUUAUUGGUCAAAAGUUCUAAAAGUGGAAAAAAUCUCCAUGGAAACCAUUGGAAUAUUACCUCUGCUUUGUCUGUUUUAAGAAUUUUGCCCUAAAAUUGUCGUUGCACAUUCUGUCUAUUUAUAUUUACUGAAAAUGCCUCUUUCUCUGCACAUUUGCACAAUAUCCUUUUCCUGCACCCAAUUAAUUAUUUUUUCUUUAAUUUUUGAGGUGGACACGAUAAUUGUGUUUCAUUUUAUUUCUUUUCUCCUGUUCAUGUUUAGGUAAACUCAUGAGUGCUUUAUUAAAUGGACUUAGUGAUCGCAACAGUGUGGUACAGAAAUCGUAUGCCUUUGCAUUGGGCCAUUUAGUUCGGGUAAGUGUCCACACAGAUAGGGUCCCAGUAAUUUUGACAAUAUUUGUUAUUCUUGUAAAUCCUAAUGUGCUCUCCUUUAUAAACUUUUUACAGACCGCAAGGGAUAGUAGCACUGAAAAACUACUACAGAAAUUAUGCACUUGGUAUAUGGAAAAAGAAGGUAAGUUAAGCACUGUUGUCCAUAUUGAACUGUUAGUAUAUUAUGUUGCCUGAUGGAAAGAGCAAAAUGUCUUCAAAAUCUUGUGUGAAUCACAGGAACCUAGCUUUCCUCUACCAUGGAUCGGCAACCUUCGGCACUCCAGAUUUUGUGGUCUACAUCUCCCAGAGUUUUCUUACCGAGAUAAUGCUGGCAAAGCAUCAAGGGAGAUGCAGUCCACAACAUCUGGAUUGCCGAAGGUUGCCUAGCCCCGCUCUAGGAUGUCAAACAGCACGGCAAGAUUACAACUCCUGUAUUAUAAUUUGUGCUAAUUGCUGCAGCCGUAAUGAAGGAGGGCAGGGGGAAUUCUUCCACCAAGACCUAUGCAAGGAGAACAGAUCAUUAUGGAGUUUGAAUGUCAGGAAGGCAAAGUCUACGGAAUUAAUUAUUGGUAUUUUAUAUAGCAAAAGGUAGAUCUAUCCAUUUUGGGUGAUGCAUUGUGUAUAUAUUCACAAUGUACAUUGGAGCGGCUUCUCCUAGUAAAUCUUAAACCCUACCUUGCAUCUGUUUAGUAUCUUGCCCUAUUUCUUCCUCUUGAUGAUGCCUAUAAAUGAUCAGUAUGCUUAAAUUUGCAUAUUGCCAGCACUCUGUAAUCACCAAAUGUUCUAAAGUAAUAACUUGCAGAUUUGGGUAACUUUCAUAGCCAAUCUACUCUUUGUGUGACCAUUCAUCUUACAGGAUACUGAAUCAAGAUUUCUUGUCCCUUAUCUUGUUAUAUUGUUUUGCGUGUUCCGUAAAUUUUUACAAAGCAAAUUUUUUAAUAUUCAUUAUUUAUUUAUUUUCUCUCCCUAAAGAAGCGCCAUACAGGACCGGUUGCACGUUAACCGUUCAUGCUAUCAGCCGUUACAGUCCAGAUGUUUUAAAGAACCAUUCUGCAGUGGUUUUGCCACUGGCCUUUCUGGCUAUGCAUGAAGUUUCAGAUGAAGAAAAAGGAGAGAAAGAUGAUUCUAGUCUUUGGAAAGAAGUAUGGCAGGAAAAUGUGCCAGGUACGAUGGUAACUUGUAGGAAAGAACCCUAGAUAUUGACGUUUGGAAUCCUAGAACCUUCAGAUAACGCUUUUCUUUCCUAUACUUACACUAGUUAUUAUGAGUAAAUCCAGCUUUUCCAGUGCUAAGUUUGGGGGGAAUUGUGGGCAAAUAUUCUCACUGUCUAAUGUGAAAAUUUUAAGUUUCUAGCGCUUACUGUCAAUUCAUAUAUACAUAUAUUAUCAAAUAAACAGACACUCAGAUUUAACACAAAUUAGCUUAAUGUACUAAAUAUACCUGCUGUGGUGGGAACAUAAAGUAGUCAGUGGAAAAGACAAUGCAAUGUUAAAAAAAAAAAAAUAUUAAUGUGCUGAGCUUUUAAUUUUGGAUAUACGCAAGGUGGGUGCACAGUGACAGUGAUCGACAGUCCAGAUCAAGCAUACAAGUAAAGUAAUGAUCCAGCACUCGCGUUUGAUUAGUAUUUCUUCACUGUGGCAAAUGAAUGAGUGGCGACAUUUUUACCAGUUCGCUAUUAUUUGUGAAAUCAUGCUCAAGCGUUUACUUGCCACAAUAAAGUAUCACUUCUUAAACUGGAGGCUUGCUGGAUCAUGACUUUAUUUAAAUGCUGUUCUAGGCUACCCUUAAUUAAAAAUAAAUAAAUAAAUAAAUAAAAGGUUGUACACUCACUUAAUAUGUACAUAAUCAACAAUUACUGACUUGUAUGCUGACAGCAGUACAUACAAAUCAUGUACUGCCCUUAUUCAGGACAUGUGAUAAUUGUAACCAUGUGUUGUGUUUCUCUCUGUGUGCCCUCUUCUCAAUUUCACACUUACGUACAAAAUGUUGGAGCACGGCACUACAGAAACCAAACUGAUUUGAUAUUUUUUUUUUUUUUCAUUCAUACUUGUAUCCAGCUUACCAUAUUCUGCAAUAUAAGCUAAUUUAUACAUUUUAACUGUUGGCGUAAUUAGUUCAGUGUUGAAAUGCCGAUAUGAGAGCAAGUAUUAAAUAUCGCGUAGCUCCUAGCUUGUUGGUAUCAAAGUCUCACUGUCAUUUUACGUAUCUGACGGGGCAGGUAUUUUAGGCUUUUGCUAUAUAUGUAGUGUCUCUGCAGUAUGAAUAUUUGUAAAGAGACAGAUCUCACAAGCAGGAGACAGCCACCAGUAGACCAUGAUGAUUUGUAAUCAUGGUGAGUGCUGUUUCCUUUCAAAGUCCCUGUGCAAACUGUAAAGCCUGGAGAGGAAAGUAUCCAUUAUAAGUAUGUAAGGUACGUUUUUCUGCUGUAGUAAUAAUAGUUAUUGUGUUUUAUUCAGGGAGCAUCAGUGGUGGUAUUCGUUUAUACAUGAAGGAACUGAUUGCCAUUACCCAGAAAGCUUUGCAGUCACCAUCUUGGAAAAUGAAGGCUCAGGGAGCAGCAGCCAUGGCAUCCAUUGCCAAGCAACAAACUGGCUCUCUGGUGCCUCCUCACUUGGGUAUGGUGGUUAGCGCACUCCUACUGGGUCUGCCUGGAAGAACGUGGGCUGGGAAGGUAAAAACAUGACACCAAACUAACAUUUGUUUAGAUGGAAAGGAGAUGCAGAAACCUAAACCUGCUAGUCAGCUUAUUUCUCCAUGCUUUUUUUUUAUUUUAUUUUUAUUUAGAUAAUUUCAAUAAUUGUUAGAAUUUUUUACAUUGCUGCCAUAGCAAGUCAGGAUUGUGACAAAUUGUCCUCCUAUUGCAGGGGUAGCAAACAUCCAGCAACAAUGUUGGCCAGCAAUUCUAAUAAUUAUACAGUAGCCAUACAUCAUAGUCAUAUUUUUUUAAAAACAUGAUUUAUUUAAUAAUUCUCAAUCAAAAACAAUACCAUUAACAAUCAGAAAACAGGAAGCCAUGUAAUAUAACUACACCAAAAGAAGUAUGAUGAGGAAUGAACACACUUAAUGAAUCGCAACCUGUCUGAACAAGUUCAGUGGUGGCAUAUCUAAUGCAUAGGUCAGAAAGUAUGUGUCAAGAUAGAAAAACAUUUCUUAACUAGAAAAGCUACAAUUUCUGGGGAAAUUGUGUGAAGUGUUCUUGCCUCCACCAGUAGUCUACAACUGGAGUGGGCGGAGUAACUGUUAUUAUUUAUAUAGCACAUUUAAUUGCAACGUUGUUGCACAGUUACAUUAAACCAUACAUUUAUAAAAACAUUAGUAGGUGUUCAAAAGGCCCUGUCUAUGACAUCACUUGCUGCUGCAGCCUGGCACAGGUCAGAGUAUUUUGGCGGUUGCCAUCUUCAAACGGUCGUAUCUUAAAAACUAUAAAUCCUACAGCGAAGAGCUUUAAAUUUUUGUCUAUGUAGUGUAAAAAAUGUGGGAGGAGUUAGGGUGGCAAAUUUUGCUAUAAUAAUAUAUAUAUAUGUGAGAUAACAUUAAGUGGUCUUGCUAUGCAAGAACACUUAAUAAUAAUAUAUAUGUGAGAUAACAUUAAGUGGUCUUGCUAUGCAAGAACACUUAAUUAGCCUUUAUAACUACCAAAACCACUUUAGCUUAAUGAAGCAGUUUUAGUGUAUAGAUCGUGCCCCUGCAGUCUCGCAGCUCAAUUCUCUGCUAUUUAGGAGUUAGAUCACUUUGCUUAUAUCAAUUCAAAUAAUGCAGCCCUCCCUACACACUUCCUGGAAAAUAGUCUACAUUUUAACUCCCCUUAUUGCACAGGGUGUUUUUUUAAUUUUGCAGUUCUCAUCUCCUGCUCUGUUAAUAGCCAGCUAGAUCCCACGGGAGCCUCCUGUGCAUGAUUAAGAUACAAUUAGAAAACCAGAGCAGGAGUUAAGAACUUUUAAGGUAAACACACUGUGCUGUGAAAAAUGUUAAAACAUUUGUUUUCUUCUUGGCUACAUGAGUCACAGCCAAGAGAGGUGUAACUAUGGCUGCAUAAACCGAAUGAUUUUACUCUUAAAUUGCCAAGAAUAGAGCAGUGAGACUACAGGGACGUGAUCUAAACACCAAAACCACUUAAUUAAAGAAACACAAUAGUGUCAGGAAUACAAACCUAUAUUCCUGACUAUAUAGGACUGGUGUGGCUGUUAAGGUGACUGGCCUGUUCAGAUUGUCAUGAAAAGGUGAGUUUACUCACCUUUUUUUUUUCCUACGCCGUUCUGCUCUUGCGUGGUUGCCGCAUAAGUCUUAAUUAUCUCGGCCAAUCCAUUGCUUUCCCGUAGGAAAGCAUUGGGAGGCUAUUGGGCAUACACAGCUAUGCUGUGCCAGUCCGCAUCUCCUCAUAGAUUUGCAUUGAAUAAAUGAAACUGUUUAACGUUCAGUGUCUCCAUGCAGAGCGUGGAGACACUGAAUGCCAGUGCUUUACUUUUACAGUGAGGACCACUACAGGUGUUACUAGACCGCAAUGUAAACCCUGUAUUAUUUUAACAGGCCAUGUUUACAUUUAAAAAGCCUGCAAGGACAGGCUGUAGCCACCAGAACCACUACAUUAUGCUAUGGUUGUUUAGGUGACUAUAGUGUCCCCAAAGUUUGUUUGGUGUUUUUAUUUAUUUAUUUUUUGGUGCUUUGAGGAACCCUUUAAAGUUUGUUAAUGAGAGUGAUAUAGGGUUGAGGGAAAAUAAUAAUCUACUUUAUCAAAACUUUUAAUAAGAUUGUGAAAAUAAAAAUGUAAAAGUAAAGUGAAAAGUUUGUAGGCGAUGGUUGGGGUGUGGUAUCCUGGGACACUCAUCGCAGGAGAUCCACUGCUACAGAGGUUCUAAAAGAAAUGUGUGGAGGGAAUUCAGAGGGAAAUUGGAAAUUUUAGAGACUCUACUUAGUACUAGUGGUGCUGCAGCAAAGACCUAGAUUUGUACAAAAAAUAAUAUUUAAAAAUAGAUCGAUCUCCAUCUGCAUCCACAAAUAAGUUACUAUUUCCUUUCUUUCAGGGCUAAUUUAAACUCCUGUCUCAUAUAAAAUCUGGGGUUUCAGUCACACCCCAUGACCAUGUUGAGUUAAGUAGCUCAUUAUUUGAUUGUUGGUGUUUGUGGACCAGUAUUAACUGAAAUUCAAUAUGUUGUUCAUCCCUGUUGCCAAUCAUUCUCUUCUGUAAAUAUUCUUGAAAUGGUUUCAAUUUCUUUUCUUUCCAGGAAGAGCUGUUAAAAGCUAUUGGGACCGUGGUUUCUACUUCUAGGUGUGUAAACAUAUUUACUAUGCUUAUCUGAAACAAACUAGUAAAAUACAAACCUGUAUAGUGAAAUGAUGCCUCCGAUAUUUCAAUUCAGCUUAAUGAGGUCAUGUAUCAAGAUUAAGUUUCAUUAAUAAAAAUUAAAAAGUUACUAUUUUGUACAAAGACAGAGGCCACCUGCCAAUAUUCAGUUUGGACUACCCUGCUGGUGGGAUCAGUCUGAUGCACUAAUGGUGUAGGUCCUCUCUGUAAUGUCAUUAAAAAUGUCUGAGACAUAAAUGGUUGCCAAGAUACAGAAUGUUCUCAGUCUUAUAAAUUCUGGUUACCUCAUUUCUGGUUCUCUUUUUCUCUCCCCCUCGCGCCCCCAGUGAGCAACUGCUGCAGCCCAGCUCUGAGCAGCCCAGUGUGGAUGAUAUAGUGCAGGCCGUACUCAAGGAAUGUCGCAAGGACAACAUCCGUUACAAGAUAAACGCUCUGAAGUGUGCCUCUGACGUGCUGGAGUCCACCAAGACGGAUCACUUCCAAGACAUGGCAGAAAUAAUAUUCCCUCUCAUAAAAAAGGUAAUGGGGCCAUGUGCUCGCAUAUAGUAAAGUGUAAUCGUGAAUGUACAUUCUAUGUCAUGAAUACGUUAGGCUCAUGUAUCCAUUCAAAAUACUCGCGCAUAUAUAUUGAUUGUAAAUCUGGAAACUUUGUUGGAGAAGAUGUUAUUUUGUGGCUUCACAUCUCUCUGUGAAUUUGGGUAUAAUCACAGUAUUUCUAAUCUCCUCUAUUCCGACAUAAAGGAUUUCCGUUCCUUCCAUAAUUGCUCAUAUUAUCAUACUCUACACAGUGGGGCAAUAUAAUUACAAAGAUCCAAAAUGAUGAUCUUUGAAUUUGCUUUUAUACAGAGCACCAACUGUUUGUAGAUAAAUGUUAGCAAUAUUACUUUAGCACUUUUUUUUUUUUUUCUUAGUAAACAAAUGCUUAUUCUCCAAAUCCCUGUGCAUAUUUAUAUAAAUGGAGGUUUUAAUUCCACUCAAAUGGCCAUUAGUUGUAAACCCACCUGCCACAUUAAGGCAAACCACUUAUUCGCCAUAGUGUCAGUGUAGGUUUUUUCUUUUUCUCGCUAACAGAAAUUCAUGAUUUAGUUUAUUUAGGUUUUGUUGGGGAAAUGCCUUUAAUAAAUAUGUAAUACAUGUGUGCAUUGCAAGGUUAAUAUAGGUGGCUAUCAUUUUACACUUACUCAUUUCUGCAGCGCUUGUGAACAUGUUGAUCAGAACAUAGACAAUUGCAAGAUACCCCUUUUAGUACUUUUCAGCAGUAGAGAUGUCGCGAAAUUCUCGCGAACGGUUCACCGCGGUAACUCCGGUCAGCUGACACAUCCCGGCCAAUCUCCAGCAGACCCUCCCUUCCAGACCCUCCUACUUCCUGGACAGCAUCCAUGUUGAAGGCAGCUUCAACAUGGAUGCUGUCCAGGAAGUAGGAGGGUCUGGGAGGGAGGGUCUGCUGGAGAUUGGCCGGGAUGUAUAAGCUGACUGGAGUUCGUGGCGAACCGUUCGCGAGAAGUUCGCGGACGGUUCGCGACAUCUCUAUUCAGCAGAUCAAGAAAACGUUAGAGUUCCGAUAAAAUGGACUAAAUAAAAUUGUAAGCAGAAUUUGGAAAAAAAAGCACUGCAAGCUAGGAGGGCCAACCACUGCAUAGGAGAGCUGCCUAACACGUUUAAACCACUAAGGUACCAAAGAUGAUAUGAGAGAGAACCCUAGUGGUAUGAAACGCGUUGGGGGGGGUGGAAGUCCGACUAUUGCUGUGAAUGUUUAGAUCUCCCACCAAGUUUUCUGUCUUCAAAUUAGGAAAUACACACACAAUACUAACGUCUUAAAAUACAGGAAUUAUUUUGAUGCUUUUCAGUGUAUUAAUAUAUUGGAACAAAUCAAUAUAAAAACUAAAGCACUAAGGUCAAUGUCAUGGAUAAAUAAAAUCUAGAGUGCAAGCAUGGGUUUGUAUUUCUGUCUCUGUCAAUCAUUAGACAGCAAAAUUAAAAAAAUGAGUGUGACGGUAGUCACCAUCACUGGGGAUGGAGUACUGGAGCUCCGUUACAAUGAGUAAUGUUGGCUUUUGUUUUAACCAUUUACUUUCUGUUUUAAAGACCUCUAUGGAAACUGUAGGGGCUCGCUCUCCAAAAGAUGAUGAAGAUGAAAAUGAAAAGACAAAGGAGUUGCAGACGGAAUGUCUAUUGUGCGCCUUUUCUACUUUAGGAAAGACAUGGCCGAGAAAUCUUGACACACAACGUGAGUUACCUGAGACAGACCUGCUCGAGCGUUUUUUUGUUUUUUUUACACGGAUCUUUAAUUUCCUUUGUAAUAGAAGAGGUGACACCCUUAGUGUGGUAUAUUGAUUCCAGGAGCUGGCUAACCAAAAUGGUUUGAGUAUGGUAACAUUGGUGCUACAAUGAAAGUAUAAUUAGGAUUAAAACAUAAUGGUAAGGGAUAAUAACAAAAAUAAAAGACUUAUAAACAGGAUUGUGAAGUUUGGGAAUAUAUCAGACUGAAUAUUGGAAGGUCAAAGUGCAGCAAAUGUGUGCGGUGUGUAUGUCUUUAAAUCUGCUAGUGGCAGAAUAAAUGACAUAUACACCAAGUAUUAUACUUUGUAAGAAAGAUGUAAACCAUUAAGGACAGAAAAAACAGUAUAUAGAACUGCUUUCUGUAAUGCAAUACAAGCUAGGUAUCGCAAAAAAAAAACACUUGAAAUAAAUAGAUAGUAAAAACUGGGUAAAAGUAACAACCAGUAACAAAAUAUAUUAAAAAUACAAGCCAGGAACGGGAUACAAGAAUGCUACCAGCAGAGUAGAAGUCUGUAGUUGGAAUUUGCCUCAGACCUCGCUCUGAGAGACUAGCGAUACGGGCCAAUCGGUCCCAAGAUUGUGAGAAGUUCUCGGAAUUCCAUCUCAGAAGAAGUGGGGCUGACUCCCACUAAACGCGUCAGACCAAGCAGGAUACGGACACAGUCACUGUUCCAGCAAGCAGAACAUCACCUCUACCGAGAACUUCUCACGAUAAUGGGACCGAUUGGCCUGUAGCGCUAGUCUCUCAGAGUGAGGUCUGAAACUCAUGCUAUCCUCACCGGUAGCCGACAGCUAGAGAGAUUGUUUGCUACACACUAUCUUCAUCAAUCCUAGCCGGUCCCUGAGGCAAAUUCCAACUACAGACUUCUACUCUGCUGGUAGCAUUCUUGUAUACCGUUCCUGGCUUGUAUUUUUAAUAUAUUUUGUUAAUAAACUGGUUGUUACUUUUACCCAGUUUUUACUAUCUAUUUAUUUCAAGUGGUUUUUUUUUGCGAUACCUAGCUUGUAUUGCAUUACAGAAAGCAGUUCUAUAUACUGUUUUUUCUGUCCUUAAUGGUAAUAUUUGGUGAAUAUCUCCUUUAUUCUGCCAUUAGCAGAUUUAAAGACAUUACACACCACACACAUUUACUGCACUUUGACCUUCCAAGAUUCAGUCUGAUAUAUUCCCAAACUUCACAAUACGGUUUAUAAGUCUUUUAUUUUUUUUAUUAUCCCUUACCAUUAUGUUUUAAUCCUAAUUAUACUUUCAUUGUAGCACCAAUGUUACCGUACUCAAACCAUUUUGGUUAGCCAGCUCCUGGAAUCAAUACACCACACUAAGGGUGUCACCUCUUCUAUUACAUUGUUUGGAUAGGUUUUUGCUGAAUUCCUGUCUGUAUCCAGUUUUGAGCAGCAAACCAUCAGUCCGACUCCCUCAUCCCUGUGUGUUGCAAUAGACAUACCAGACUAGUACACUCUAAUUUCCUUUGACUGGUGGAACGUGAGGCUCUUUUCAUGAGGCUCUGCACAGCUGUAGAAAUUGAACAUCCUAGUUGGCUGUGUAACUUCUUGGGUUUGAUUGUUCACUGCAGAAACUCAAAGCCUAGAUAUUUACAGCACAUGGGGGAACUUCAAAAAUAAUAUAUUAAUAAAUAAGAACAUUACACAUUUGAACUCCGUACCUUUUUCAUGUAUUAAUAAAAAUUAGGUGAAGUCCAGCCUUCAAUUCUAUCAUAGUAAAGUAUAUGCUUUAAGGAGGCAUAAUAAUGUAUUCCAUUUAGAUCAGAGGGAUACAUUUUCUGUUUAAUGAAAUAGCACAAUAGAAUUUUUAUAUGGCUUUCAAAAAGAAAUAAAGCACUGCUUUGUAAUAUGUAAACAUAAUGGUGCUAAAGUAAGGAUAAAUAGAAUAGAAAUGCCGUCUAUGUACACGUGUGACACUGUUGGUAAUUAGUAGUACAUUGACUAGCUGGUCUAUUGGGGGGGGGGGGAGAAACAAAAAUUUAAAAGUGAAUAACUCCAUUUCUUUUAUCGGACAUUGCAACAUCCUAUUAUUAAUCUUGUGAACUGUGGUUUUCAUAGCGAGCGUCUAUCACUUUCUGCUUUCGUUGCAUUAGGUCGCUACCGGAUGGAGGUGUGCAAGAUGAUGUCUGAACGGCUAAAACUCAGCACAUGGAAGGUGCAGCAUGGAGUCCUCCAGUCCAUGAAUGCAUACUUUCAAGGGUAAGCUAUUUUGAACAUUACAUUUCAAUUCAAAAUGGUAUAUUUUUGUGGUACUUCUGAAUGUAUUUUAUACCAUCAAUUUGAAAUAGAAUUAGUGAAAUAUGUAGAUGGAAGGAAUCUGAGCCCUGUAUUUUGAGUUCCUUAGUGAUGUGCGGAGAAGUAAUUUGUUUCCCUCGGCAUGAAAGCCCAACUUAUAUCAUCAAGGCUAACAAAUACAUUUUGCUUUGUAGUUGCAUAAGAAUUAUGAGACUGUCAGGGUAGAAGUCUGGACCUGGGAAAUGUGGGAUAAUAUAUUGGUUGAACAUUGUUAGUUGUAUGACUCGUGUAAAACUGAACACACAAGACAUUUACCCCUGUAAAAAUAAACUGUGAGGUCUUGAUCAAUAUAAGCAUAAAUUCAAAGGAGUACUGCACACAAGUAAGUUUACGUAGGACCCCUGUGGAGGGGGGUCUGCAGCCCACCAGGAACAACAAGAAGUAGAGUUUCACAGGUGUCACAAUGUAGGGUGAAGGCAAAAAAAAAAAUGGUACGUGACGUUUCGGCCUAGAGGCCUUAGUAUUUUUUAAUAUAUUUUUGUCCUUUUUGAUCUCCAAUAAAAAAAAAUAAAAAAAAUUUGCCUUCGCCCUACGUUGACGUCUGUGGAACUCUACUUCUCUAUAUAAGCAUACUUUCAUUCAUACUUCUGUUUCAGGUUAUUGCUUUUUGAAAAGGAACAUACAGACACUGAUGCGCUCACAGAAAUCCUUACAGAAACCUGCCCGGCGAUAGCACAUUCUUUAGGUAAAUCCAAAAUUGAAUGAUCGAUAUUUCCAUAUUCUGCAUCUCAGUGGACACUGCUUGUUUUUAUGAGUUUUGAAACCUUACCCAUUUUAAAAAGUAUGUUUUUGAAUAAAUGUCUUGAAUGGAGUGUAACCUAGAACGUAGAUUUUAUUCCAUUUUUUUUUUUGUAGAAAAUAAGAGUUAUUCCUCUGUCCGAACGGAAGCAAUGUUGGUUUUAGAACUACUUCUUAGGAAACUGGAAGGUAAGUUAAUGGCCGAUAUCAUUACUGUAUGGUUUUGUACUUAUAUCUUUGUAUUUGAGGUUUUAGGUCAAAACAAAGUUGUAUUUGAACUAUAACUCGGAUACUUAAAGUGUAAUAAUUCAAAAAGCAAUAAAAGGAUGAACGUGUUGAGAUUCAGUAAUUCUCUCAAUGUAAAUACGAGACAUGUCCUCCGUUUACACUGUUGGAAUAAGAAUUUACUAACUUAAGAGUUAUUCCCAUCAUACUAAAAUAGGGCUUGAGAGAAAUUUGAUAGACAACGCAAAUUGCUAACUAUUUUUACACUAUAAUUUAAAGUUCUUGUCCAUGCAUUUUUAGUAUGGUUUAUUACUGUUCCAUCAAUUUGUUUUUAAAAUUGUUUAUUUCUUACGUGUGGCGUUUAAGAUCUGUCACAAGAGCCUCAAACACCGGACGCUUGACUAAAUAAAGAAAGAAAUGUGAAAUGCGUAGUACAUUUCAAUAUCCAGAAUGGUGGAAAUCAGUGCAGAGGGGAAUGCAUAUAAGUUUCCGGGGGAUUGAAUUACUGCAUACGGUCUAUCUUCAUUGCCUCAAGUAAAAUUGUUUUCUUUACUGCAAGGUAGAUUCACAUUGCAGGAGGCUUGUUUUUGGAAGCCAGAAUUAUACCUGCCAUUUAACUGAAGCUCUUUUGAGUUAAUUUACUGUAAUAUCUGCAAGGUUCUUAUUUUUGUGGCCUUGGCUUUUUAUUUUUUCUUCUUUACAUUCCUCUUAUUUUUUUAGAUAUAGAACAGUGGAAAUGUCUGACACUAGACAACAGAAACACACUCAUAGCUUCACUAUCCACAAUGGAAACAGACAGCAGGCCCGACUUGAAAGAAAAGGGAUUAAUGCUGAAGAAAAAGCUUGAGAACCUGAACUGA